AGUCCGCCCUUGGUUUGGGGAUAGCGAGGGUGUUCUGUCAUUCCUCCUCGUCCCUUCUUCCCUUGACCUUCCUAACUGGUGCUGCCGUGUCGUAGGGAUAGAAAAGUGCCCUAAGAGCCUUGUUAGUGUGGUCGUGUCCUAAUCCUCACAUGGGGAGUGGCAGUAAAGUGCUCAAAAUUCAGGGAACUGACAAAAAACACUGAAAAAUUCUAGUCGUGUGGAGUUUAAGAGAUCGUGUUACUACUAGUGUGCGUGUGUGUUCGUGUGUACGUGUAGAGGUUCAGGACACCUUCAGGAGACUUAAGGAGUGCUAUGCCAUGUCUCGAGGGGCGUGACAGAGAGGAGCCAUGCCUGGAGUGGCGGGGAGCGGCAGGCUGACGCGGCCCCUGCAUCUAUAUCACCGCCCCGACACCGAGAUGGGGGAGAUGGAGGAGGAGGAGGAGGAGGUAGUGGUAUUGGUGGAGGAGAUGGAAGAGGCCUGGGAGCUAUUCCAGCAAGGCGUCCAGAGGGUCCAGGGCCCAACACAGAUGAUCCCCAUGGGCCUACCGCCAGGUGCGUCACCACCCGUGUUCGCGCAGAUCUUCCAAAAUGCUCGGUUUGCCCAGGGUGGCGAUGCCCUCUUCGAAGGAAGGAUCACUGGCAACCCCAAACCAACAGUCUCCUGGACCCGCAAGGGGGCGAAACUUGUCUAUGGCUCCAAAUACCAGGUGACCCAUGACGAAGCGACAGGCGCAGUGACACUUCUGAUCACUGCCAUUGGUCCUGGUGAUGAGGGAGAGUACACCUGCACAGCGGCCAACCAGUAUGGAGAGGCCAUCUGCACUGUGUACAUUCAGCCGGAAGCGGCCUUAAUGAUGCAGCAGCAGCGUCAACAACAGCAGCAGCAACAGACCAUGCAGAAGUCCUUUUUGCAGCAACAACAUGUGUCGCAACAAAUUUCUCAGCAGCAGCAGCAACAAAUGUUGUCGAUGCAAAAUGGAAUGAUGCAGUCUUUCCGAGUGGACACCUUCGAGUACCGCCUGUUGCAUGAGGUUGAAUUCCGGCGAUCCCUCACCGUCCGCAUGGCAGGCGAGGUGGUGGAGGAAGAGGGGGCCAUCCAGGGUCCACCCCAAGCUCCACAGCUCCUCCAGAAGCCUCGCUCCACUAAGGUCACAGAUGGAGGCAAUGCCACCUUCACCAUCAAAGUCAAUGGCUAUCCUACCCCUAGGGCUAUCUGGUUCAAGGACGGAGUGCGUCUUCAGCAAAGCGACAAAUACCUGAUGACGCAGUCUGCCGGCCAGGUCACGCUCGUGGUCAAACAGGUGAAUGCAUCCGACAAUGGCUACUACACAAUGUUGGCUGAAAACAAUUCUGGCUGCACUGUUGCCUCGGCUCAGCUUGCCGUGGUACCCCGCGGGGAGGUGGUCAUGGACUCCCCCCAGCGUGAGAUCAUCCGCCCUGAGAGGAUGGAACAGCAGCAGGUUCCCCCUCCAGCAGCAGAUGACACCGGUGAUGACAGCAGCAAGAAUCUGGAGCCCAAGUUUGUGCGGGGGCCGGCCGACGCCCAGGUGCAGGAGGGCAAGUUGGUGCGCUUUGAGGCCCGUGCCACCGGCCGCCCCUAUCCUGAGGUAACAUGGUACAUCAAUGGACGCCAAGUGGUGGACGAUGCCACACAUAAGGUUCUGGUCAAUGAGGCAGGCUACAACUCCCUCAUGAUCCAACGAGCUGCACUCAGCGACGCUGGCACCAUUUCCUGUGUUGCCCGUAACAAGUCUGGCGAGGCAACCUGCCAGUGUCAGCUUAAUGUGCUGGAGACACAACAGAUGGUUGCACCCAAGUUUGUGGAACGCUUCCAGCAAACCAGCGUUUCUGAGGGAGAAACUGUUGUUCUCCAGUGCCGUGCUGUUGGCACCCCCAUGCCUCUCCUUUCAUGGCAGAAAGAUGGCGUCACAAUUCAAAACACUGAUAAUGUUAUGAUUCAGUACGACCAGAACGGCGCCUCAUGCCUACAGGUGCUGAGUGCCGGUGCAGCUGAUGCCGGAUGGUACCAGUGCAACGCCCAGAACACUGCUGGUUCCACUGCCACCCGUGCCCGCCUCCAUGUACAGCUGCCCAAGCCCCCUGCCCCAGCUGCCCCCUAUCGCCCUCACUUCCCCAAACAAGGCAAACUCAUCGAGCCUGAGCCAGAGCCUGAGCCCGAGGUGAUCAUUCUGCGCCCUGUGGAGCGCUCACACCACGUGCCUAAGGCUCCUGAGGAACCCGAACCCGAGCACCCCAAGUUUACUCAUCCCCUGAGGGAUAUCGAUAUUGUCGAGGGCACAAGAGCCCAUUUCGAAGCUAAAGUGAUUCCCAUUGGUGAUGCCACAAUGAAUAUUGAGUGGUUCCACAAUGGAAAACCUCUUGCAGCAAGUUCCCGAGCCACCGUGACAUGGCGUUUUGGUUUUGUGGCUCUGGAUCUCCUUAAUGUGAUUACUGCUGAUGCUGGUGUGUACACAUGUCGUGCCACCAACGUCAAGGGACAAGAUGAGACGUCCGCCAAUCUCAGGAUCACUGACCGGCCUCUUAUUGAGAGGCAAACACAGCAUCCUGAGGCAUUGGAGCAGAUUGGCUACCUGGAGGACCAGUCACGCUUCCAGCGAACCAUCUCCAUGGAUGAGUCCUCCCAUAUCAAGCCCACCUUCAUCAAGCCCCUCACUAACCUUGGGGAGGUCCUGGAGGGCAAGUAUGCCCACUUCGAGGCCCAGGUCCAGCCCCUGAGUGACCCGUUCAUGCGCAUUGAGUGGUACAAGGAUGGCAAGAGUAUCACUGCAAGCUCCCGAAUCAAUGUGAUCUACAACUUUGGGUACGUGGCACUCAACAUCAUGCAGCUGCGUGAGGAGGACAGUGGCACCUACACUGUGCGUGCCAUCAACAAGGCUGGGGAGUGCUCUUGCCAGGCCACCAUAAGAGUUAUCUCAAUGUCAACUGUGACUGGUGACCUGGGCAUCCCAGAGCAGGCACAGCACAUCAAGAGUGUGGAGGAGAUGGAGGCCUACAGACAACAAAUGUUGGCCAAAACCAAAGCAGAAAUGGAUGAAGCCAUCACUGCUCCUGUGUUCAAGACAAAUCUGAAGGAUAUUGUUGCCAAGGAAAAUGGCUUUGCCCACUUUGAAGCCCGCCUGGAGCCCAUUGGUGACCCCACUCUCAAGGUUGAGUGGCUCAAGGAUGGUCGCCCAAUGGAAGCCAGCUCUCGCAUCACCUCUUUCUUCAACUUUGGCUAUGUUGCCUUGACUGUGAAGGCUCUUAUCAUGAAGGAUGCCGGCAUCUACACAUGCCGUGCCUAUAAUGCUAAGGGAGAGGCCCGCGUCGAUUGUAAGCUUACUGUCAUCUCUAAGGCAGAGCAGGAAGAGUCUCAGUAUGGAGAAACAAUGGCCAAGAUGCAGUAUUUGGAGGAUGCCUCACGCCACAAGAGGACUGAGACAGAGGAGACCACUAUCUCCAUGCCACCCAAGUUCCUGGGUCCUCUGAAGGGAACAAACAAGAUUGUUGAGGGCCAGAAGGCUCACUUUGAGACUCGCCUUGAGCCCCAGGGUGACCCAAAUUUGACAGUUGAGUGGUACUUCAAUGGGCAGGCCAUCAUGUCUGCUACUCGCAUCAAGACUUACCAUGACUUUGGCUAUGUCUCUCUGGACAUCUCUGACAUCCGCCAGUCUGAUGCUGGCCAAUACACUGUGGUGGCCCGCAAUGCUCUGGGUCAGGCUCAGAGCAGUGCUGUCAUGGAGGUGGAGACUCGUGCUGGCAUUGACACCAGCACUAUGCAUGAAGUCUCCCUCAAACAGACGGCUGCUCUGGAGCGCCGCCACCAGGAGCCUCACUAUGAUAUUGAGGAACUUACCAAAUCCAAGCCUGAAUUUGUUGUGCCACUGCAAGACCCCAAGCCCAUGCCUGAGGGAAAGAAUGUCCACCUGGAGGCUCGUCUUGAGCCCAUGAAUGAUCCAACCAUGAAGGUGGAAUGGUUCUGCAAUGGCAAGCCCAUCACCAUCGGCUCACGCUUCAAAACCUACUUUGACUUUGGCUUUGUUGCUCUUGACAUCCUAGGAGUGUACACCACCGACUCUGGUGAGUACACUUGCCGUGCUGAAAACUAUCUCGGCAGCGCCCACACCUCAGCCUGUGUGCGUGUGGAAGGUACCGGCGACAUUCAGACUGACACCAUGCAUGAUGGUGCCAUGGAGCAGAUCCAUUACCUGGAGGACGCUUCCCGCUACCACCGCACCACCGAGGAGCAGAUGGAGAUAAAGACAGCGCCGAACUUUGUCAAGUCACUGAAGAACAUCGAGACUGUUGAGGGCACCAACAUUCACCUGGAGGCCCGUCUCCAGCCCAUUGGGGACUCCUCCAUGAGAGUUGAGUGGUUCUUUAAUGAUGCCCCUCUCAAGGUUGGCCACCGUUUCAAGCCAGCUUAUGAUUUUGAUUACGUGGCCCUUGACCUGUUGAGUGUGUACCCUGUGGACUCGGGCAUCUACACCUGCAGGGCUACCAACAGUCUCGGUCAGGCUGUCACCUCAGCUUCGGUCAAAGUCACUGCCAAGAAGGAUCUCGUGUUCGACUCAGAACACCCUGAGAGCUUGCAGAAACUUCAGUACCUUGAUGACAGUUCACGAUACCAGAGACGUGAAACAAUGGAAGAAGUCUCUGUCAAGAUCAAACCCAAAUUUUUGACUAAGAUCAAGGAUGUAGUUCAGAAGGAACGGAACCACGCCCACUUCGAGGCCAAGCUCGAGCCCAUCACUGACCCCAACCUACGUGUCGACUGGUACAAGGACGGACAGCCAAUCCAGAUGGGCUCAAGGUUCCGUCUGAUUCAUGACUUUGGCUAUGUUGCUCUCGAUAUCAAUGAUCUUAUCGAAGAGGAUUCUGGUGUAUACACUUGUGUUGCCACAAAUCUUAUGGGCAAAGAUGAGCUCACAGCCAACCUGAAAGUGAUCAGUUCUUCUGGUGUUGUUCUGGAGUCCCAGAGUGAGACUCUCAGCAUGCAGCAGCUUCAGAUGCUGGAGGAUCGCAACCGCUAUUCUCGCACUGAGGUUGUGGAGGAGACUACCUCCCAGGCUCCCGUCUUCACCACCUCUGUCAAGAACAUUGAGAUCCUUGAAGGACAGCGAGCUCAUUUUGAGGCUCGUCUCAUCCCCACCUCUGAUCCAACCAUGAAGGUUGAGUGGCUCCGCAAUGGUGUGGCUGUAAAGAGUGGUUCUCGCUUCACAGAGUACAAUGACUUUGGCUUUGUGGCUUUGGACAUCAUGCAUGCCUAUGCUGAAGACUCUGGCACAUACCAAUGCCGUGCCACCAACGUUAAUGGCCAGGCUGUGACUUCUGCUACCCUGACGUGCCACACCAAGGAGGCUAUCAUUGGAGAAACCAUGAACCAGGAAGCCAUGGACAAGAUCUCACGCCUGGAGUCCCGUACCCAUCGCACUAUGACCACUGAGGAGACCACCAGCCAGGCCCCAGUCUUCACCUCACCCAUGAGAGACCAGAAGCUGAUGGAGAAUGCUCCUCUUCACUUUGAGGCACGUCUCAUCCCUGUGGGAGACCCUGACCUCAAGGUGGAAUGGUUCAAAAACAAUAUUCCCAUUCAGCAUGCUAAUCGCAUCUCCACCAUGCAUGACUUUGGCUAUGUUGCUCUGGACAUGAAGUACGUGAAGCCUGAGGACACUGGCACCUAUACCUGUCGUGCUACCAAUAAGUUGGGCCAGGCUGUCACCUCAGCUACACUGGUUGUCACCUCCAAAGAAUCUCUUCUGUUGGAAUCUCAACACACCGAGGCUCUGGAGAAGAUCCGUUAUCUGGAGGAUGCCUCUCGCCACACCAGGUCUGCCACUGAGGAGACCGUCAUCACUCAGGCACCCAAGUUUGUGGUAGAGCUGUCUGGACUGACACAGCUGUGGGAGGGCCAAAGUGCCCACAUGGAGUCUCGCCUGGAGCCAUACCCUGACCCCACAAUGAAGGUGGAGUGGUUCCACAAUGGCCAGGCUCUCCAGAUUGGCCACAGAUUCAGGACAAUGUACGACUUUGGCUUCUGUGCCCUGGACAUUCUGCAGGCUGUGGCUGAGGACUCUGGCACUUAUGAGUGCCGUGCUACCAAUCGUGUAGGCACUGCCACUUCCACACUGACGAUUGGUGUCAAAUCCAAGAGUGAUUUCAUUGUGGAGACCCAGCAUCCCGAGGCCAUGGCACAGAUCAGCCGCCUGGAACAGAAGCCACCAAGCAAACGCCCUGAGGAUGUACCAAUGAUUGAGAAACCUAACUUUGGACGUGCCCUGAAGAACCAGGAGAGGCUGAUUGAGGGCCAGUCAGUUCACAUGGAGGCCACUCUCACCCCUGUUAAUGAUCCUACAAUGAAGGUUGAAUGGUUCUUCAAUGGACAACCAAUUCCAUCAGGCCAUCGUUUCCGCACGACCUACGACUUUGGCUUCGUUGCUUUGGACAUCCUGUAUGCCUACCCUGAAGACUCUGGAACUUAUAUGUGCAAGGCCACCAAUGCAGCUGGCCAGGCAGUCACCUCAUGCAACAUCGGGGUGGAGGCCACUGAUAGCAUGCAGCUCGAUACCCUCGACGAGCAGCGCCUUAGCAAGAUCCGAAAGCUGGAAGAGGUGAGCGACGUGACCCAGGAGUUGAAGCAGGAGGUGUUCAGGAAGCCCGUGUUCACCACCCCUCUUCUCAGCGUGGACAACCUGAAGGAGGGCGAACGUUGUCACCUGGAGUGCCGCCUGGAACCCAUCAAUGACCCGCACAUGAAGGUGGAGUGGUUCGUCAAUGGCGUGGAGAUCAAGACUGGUCACCGCUUCCGCACCACCCAUGACUUUGGCUAUGUUGCCCUGGAUGUGCUCUACACCUACGCUGAGGACUCUGGCAAUUAUCUGUGCAAGGCUACCAACAGAGUGGGCGAGGCUGUCAAUUCCUGCAGUGUCAAUGUGUCCGCCCGCCGUAAUAUCUACAUGGACACCCAGCAUCCCCAGGGCUGGGAAAAGAUUCAGAGCCUGGAGCAGAGGCCCAAGUAUGAGCGCAUUGAGGUUGCUGAUGCUCCUCUGCUGGCUCCUCGGUUCACCUCUGAACUCCGGGGCAACACUCAGCUCUCUGAAGGACAACAUGUACAUCUGGAGGGCCGCGUGGAGCCUGUGCAUGACCCCACUCUGCGCAUUGAGUGGUACCACAAUGGCCAGCUUCUGCAGUCUGCUGCACGCUUCCACACCACAUUUGACUUUGGUUAUGUGGCUCUGGACAUCACUGGCGUGUACCCUGAGGACUCUGGAGAGUACACUUGCCGAGCUGUUAACAAGAUUGGUGAAGCCGUGUCCAAGAUCACCUUCAAAGUGGAGGGCAAGGAGGGCGUGAUCUACGAGUCUGCCCGACCUGAGGGUCUGGAAAAGAUUCGUCAGCUGGAGGACUCUACUCGCCCUGCACCUGCACCGGAGGAGACUCGCACCUUCCAGCGUCCAGUCUUUACUCAACCUCUUCAGAACCUGGACAACCUCACUGAGGGUGAACUUGCCCACUUUGAGUGUCGCCUCAUCCCUGUUGGUGACCCCAAGUUGAAGGUGGAAUGGUUCAGGAAUGAGAAGCCCAUAGAGACAAGCUCCCGCAUUAACCGCACCCACGACUUUGGCUAUGUUGCCCUGGACAUCACUGGAGUGCGUGCUGAUGAUGAAGGAAUUUACAUGUGCCGUGCCACCAAUGAUCUGGGAGAGGCUGUCACCACCGCCUCAAUCAAGAUCAAAACACAUGCCAACAUCAUGAUGGAUUCUCAGCAUCCAGAGGGCAUGAAGAAGAUCAAGGCUCUGGAAGACCGCAAGGCAGAUGAACCUACUGCCGCUCCUGACAAGGUUUAUGACAAGCCAGUAUUCACCAACAACCUGACUGGCCCAGAGCAAGUCAUGGAAGGCCAGCAUGCCCACUACGAGUGUCGUGUAGUGCCAGUUGGUGAUCCCAACAUGAGAUUUGAGUGGUACUGCAAUGGUGUUGAACUGAAGAUGGGCUCAAGGUUCACCACCAACCAUGACUUUGGCUAUGUGACUCUGGACAUCCUCCACUGUGUGCCUGAGGACUCUGGUGUGUACAUGUGCAAGGCAAUCAACAAGGCUGGUGAGGCAGUCAGCUCCUGCACCACCAGAGUUAUUGCCAAGGGCAGCAUUCUGGGAGAUGCUCUCCACCCUGGCUGGGAGACAAUCAAGCUCCGUGAGGCACAGUGGAACAGAGUACCUGAAACACCAAUCUCUCCUGAGCACCAAGAGCCACCCAUGUUCACCAAGCACUUGGAGAGCUUUGAGCGUCUGCAGGAGGGUGGCAACUUGAGGCUGGAGGCUCAGGUGCAGCCAGCUCGUGAUCCCUUCCUCAGCAUUGAGUGGUUCAAGAAUGGUGUUCAGCUGGCCACUGGUACUCGCUGCCGCAGCACGUUUGACUUUGGUCACGUGACACUGGACAUCUCUGGGCUCCGAGAGAGUGACUGUGGCAUCUACACCUGCAAGGCUGUCAACCGUGUGGGAGAGGCUGUGUCCACCUGUAACAUCAAGGUCUUUGAUCGUCAUUGGCUCAUUGGUGACUCAAUACAUCCUGAUGCUCUGAAGAAGAUUGCAGAUCUGGAGACACCACAGACUCAAAGUGUCCAGACUACUGAACCUGUUUUUGAGGUCCCGAUGUUCAUCUCUCACUUGAAUGACGUAGAGUGCCGAGAGGGUGACAAUGCUCACUUUGAGUGCAGAGUUGAGCCCUCCCGCGACCCAACUAUGAAAAUUGAGUGGUUCAUCAAUGGCAAACCCAUGAGGGCAGCUGCACGUUAUGCUGCACAGUACGACUUUGGGUUUGUGUCCCUGGAUUGCACUCACUGCUACGCUGAGGACUCUGGUGUGUAUACAUGCCGUGCCACUAACUCAAAGGGCUCAGCCUCCACCAGUGGCACCCUGAAGUGCAUCAGUAAGGCUAACCUAUACUUCGACACCCAGCAUCCGCAGGGCAAGGCUGGCCUCGAGAAGGUGGAAGAGGCUGAGCGAGCUUACUGGGCAAAAUACCAGAAGCAAGUAUCUGAGCAGGAAGUCAGCUAUCCAAAGCCAUUCUUCAUCAGGCCUCUGCAGCCCAGUUUCUCUCUCAAUGAGAACCAGGCUCUGCAUAUGGAGGCCAAUGUGGAACCCAAGCAAGAUCCCGACCUGAAAAUUGAAUGGUUCCUGAAUGGCAAAGUCUUGGAGCAGGCUCACCGCUACAAGACCACCUAUGACUUCGGCCUUGUCACCCUCGACCUGAACGAUGCCUAUGAACGCGACCAGGGCAUCUACACUUGCCGUGCCUUCAAUAAGCAUGGUGAAGCUUUCAGCACCUCUACUGUUGUGGUGGGCAGCAAGGAUGUCCUCAUUGAGGCCACACAGCAUCCAGCUGGUGAGGCAGGUCUGGAUGCCAUCCAGAAAAUGGAAGAGAAGAAUCUGCGUCGUGAUGACCGUCUCCUGCCUGAUGAGGAGGGACACCCACCACAGUUCACCAAGCCAUUCAAGGAUCUGAGCAACAUCGAAGAGGGUGAAGUAGCCCACUUCGAGGGGUUGCUCAUUCCUCUGGGCGACCAGACCAUGCGGGUGGAAUGGUUCUUCAACGGUGAGCCCCUCAAGGCUUCGCACAGGUUCCGCACCGUGUAUGCCUUUGGAGUCGUCAUUCUUGAGAUCAUUGGAACCAAGGUUACUGACUCUGGUGAAUACACUUGCAAGGCCCACAACAAGUGGGGCAAAGCUGAGUGCUCUGUCAAGCUGGAAUGUGUUGACCGUGCCCAUGGUCAGCCACCCAAGUUCACCACUCACCCACAGAGCCUGUCAGGCCUCAAGGAUGGUGACUCUGCUCACUUUGAGUGCACCCUCAUCCCUGUUGGUGAUCCUAACAUGAAGGUGGAAUGGUUCCACAAUGGUGAGCCUCUGCGUAAUGCUACUCGCAUCAAGACUGUGAGUGACUUUGGUUUUGUUGUGCUGGACAUCUCGUACCUGCAGAAUCAUGAUGCUGGAGAGUGGGUCUGCAAGGCCACCAACAAGUAUGGUUCUGACACCACCAAGGCAAACCUGAACUGCUUUGGCAUGGGAGGAGUGUACACUGACUCACUUCAGCCAGCCUCUCUUGAUAAGAUUGCAGCCCUUGAAGGCCACAAGGCUGAUUUGAAGCCCGGUGAUGCAGGACCAGCAGCAGAGCCACCAAAGUUCAUCACACACAUCACCAACAUUGACAGACUUGUGGAGGGACAGAGUGCUCACUUUGAGGCUCGAUUGAGGCCAAUCAAUGAUCCCAACCUUACAGUUGAGUGGUUCAGGAAUGGCAAGAAACUUCCAACAGGCCACCGCUACAGGACCUUCCAUGACUUUGGCAUUGUUAUCUUGGACAUCCUGUACUGCUAUGAGGAGGACUCAGGUGUGUAUGAAGCACGUGCAGUCAACAAGCUGGGAUCGGACAAGACUACUGCCAACUUGAAGUGUUUCAGUAAGACUAACUUGAUUUUGACCCCACAAGUACCCAAGGGUAUGGAAGGAGGCCUUGAGAAGCUGCAAAAUCUUGAGGAUUCUGCCUGGACUCGUCGUGACUCUGUGACCUCUGAGAGGGUUGGCAUGGCACCAAAGUUCACUGUUCCACUGAGCAACAUUGAGAACUUGAAGGAGAGUGAGAAUGCUCACUUUGAGGCUCGCCUUGUUCCCACAGACGACCCUCGCCUGAAGGUUGAGUGGUACUGGAAUGGCAAGCCCAUGAAACACAGCUCCAGAAUCCGCCAGUUCUGUGACUUUGGCUUUGUCAUAAUGGAAAUCUCUCCCAUUUAUCCCGAGGACUCUGGUGAGUACAUGUGCCGAGCCUACAACGACUAUGGUGAGGCUGUUACCAAGGCAACGCUGAAGUGUGAAGGCAAACGCUCCAUCAUCCUGGAGACUCAGCUGCCAAAGUCCAUGCAGAAGGGCAUGGAAAAGAUUGCUGAACUUGAGGGCUUGAUGAUAAAGUCUCCUGACCUGGGUGCACCCUCAGAUGUUGGUCAACCACCUCAGUUCAUCACUCAGCCACAAGACACUUCCAUCACUGAGAAUGGCCUUGCUCACUUUGAGUGCAGACUACAGCCAGCAAAUGACCCUGACCUUCGUGUUGAGUGGUACCACAAUGGCCGUCCUCUGUGUGCUGGCUCCCGCAUUAAGACAAUUAAUGAUUUUGGCUUUGUUAUCCUGGAAAUAGCCAACUGCUACACCAGGGAUGCUGGCACCUACACCUGCCGAGCUGUGAACAAACACGGAGAAGCUUCUGUGGAGUGCAAGAUGUUUGUCUCUAGCAAGAGUAGCAUUGUUCUUGAACCACAGGCUACCAUGAAGUUCAAGGGGCUCACUGAAGCUCUUCAGAAGCUUGAGGAAGACAAAUAUAAGAAGGAGGUCGUGCCUCAGGAUGAGGAGAAGCCUUGUCCUCCAAGAUUUGUUACCGAGCUGCAGGACAUCCAUGAUCUUGUUGAGGGCCAGCCUGCUCACUUUGACUGCCGUGUAGAGCCUGUGGGUGACUCAACCAUGCGAAUUGAGUGGUUCCAUAAUGGCAUGCCAGUCAAUGCUGGAUCACGUGUUCACAUGAUGGAUGACUUUGGCUUUGUUGUCCUUGAUCUUGAGUGGACCUUUGCCCGCGACACUGGAGAGUACAUCUGCCGCGCCACCAAUAAGUGGGGCCAGGCCACCACCAAGGCCAUGCUCAAUGUUCGCUUCAAGCACAACAUUGACACCAACACUCAGCUGCCGCAGGGCAUGACUGCCGAGAAGCUGAAGGAGUUGGAGCGUGGACCUCUGACUGAAAGACAUGAUUUGGAUGAAGAUAUGAAGCCUCCCAAGUUCACUGUACCAAUCAAGAACCAGAGUCUGCAGGAGGGAGAGCGUGCCUUCUUUGAGGCCCGUGUGGAACCCCGCAAUGAUCCCAACCUGCAGGUCGAGUGGUACUACAAUGGCAAGGUUCUUCAGACUGGCCAUCGCUUCAGGACCAGCUUUGAGAUGGGUCAUGUCACUCUGGAGCUCCUGUACACCUAUGCUGAGGAUUCUGGAGAGUAUACCUGCCGUGCCUUCAACAAGCUCGGCCAGGACACCACCAAGGCUACUCUCAAAACCAAGGCGAGCCAGUCAGUGGUGGUCAUGUCCCAGGUUCCCAAGGGCAUGAAGGCUGGUGUGGACUUUGCCACCCAGAUGGAGGAGACUCUGAAGAAGUACUGCAAAGACAUCAUGCUCACCCCAGAAGACAUCUAUGAUGAAGAAAAGCGACAGCCUCCUCGCUUUGUGACUCACAUCAAGGACAUCAGUGACCUCAAGGAAAUGGAGGAGUUCAAGUUUGACUGCCAGUUGGCUCCUGUUGGUGAUCCCAACAUGAAGGUUGAAUGGUUCUUCAACGGCCGCCCACUUCCAUUCAAGAACCGCUUCACUCCCAUCUAUGACUUUGGCUAUGUUGCUCUCGUCAUGAACUGGGUGUUUGGCGAGGACUCUGGUGAAUACCUGUGCCGCGCCACCAACCUCUGGGGAAUGGACGAGACCCGAGCCACCCUGAAGGCCACAGGGCGCCCAGGUGUCAUCUAUGAAUCUCAGAUUCCUAAGGGCAUGCAGUCCCUUGAGAAGAUCAGGGAACUUGAAGCCUCUAUGUUGGCACAUCGUGAGACCACCGUGGAGGAGGAGAAGCAGCGAUGCAAGCCUGAGGUGCUGAAGAAACCUGAGAGCCUGAUGGUGCAGGAGGGAGACUGGGCUCGCUUCAGCAUCCGUGUGUCUGGGCAUCCACGUCCAAGAGUCAUGUGGAUUGUCAAUGGCAACACUGCGAUGAGUGGCAACCGAUUCAAGAUCUGGUAUGACGGUAUGUACCACUUGGACAUCCCCAAGACCCGCCAGUAUGACAACGGCAAGGUGGAGGUCAUCUGCCGCAACUCUCUGGGUGAGACGUAUGCCUGCUGUGAGCUGAAGGUGAAUCCACGCCAGGACGACUACCGUGCUGUCCUCAAAAACUCCCCCAGGCCCUGGUAUGACACUGACCUCAAGAGUUAUCAGAAGGAACGCAAGGAGACUGAACUUGAUCGUGUCUUUGAGGAAAAGAUUGACACUGAUUACUCCAUUCUCCAUGAGUCCAAGUUUGGUGAAUACAUGGCUAAACCCAUGGACAAGACUGAAGAAACUGAGUGGCAAAAGCUGGCCAAGAAGAAGAAGGCUGGAGAGAAAAUCAAGGAGCUGGAGGACUCACAGAGGGCCAAGGGCAAGAAAGACAUCAUGUUUGCCUCACCAGCAGAACAUGCUGCCCAACACUCUCUGGCCAAGGGCAUGGCCUCCCGCUAUGAGGAAUCACUUGCGGAAGAUGACUCAGGGAAGCCUAAGUAUGAGAGACCACCAAGACAUGUCCUCAGGGAUGUGGAUGAGAUGCGCCACGAUGAAGAUACUCUCCGCAAGUUUGAGACAGAACCUUCAGAGUCCACCGUCCACGGCAAGGAGAUCCACACAAGUACACAGCGCCAGACCCAGAAGGAGAAACAGGGAGACAUGGAGAUCCACCGUAAAAUUACUGCCACCGACAAGACAGAGGUUGAGCACAAGGCCAAGACCACUGAGCGUUUGGUUCAGGGCCAGCCUCAGAAGCCUGCCAAGCCUCCAUUCUUUACCAAGAAGAUCCAGCCAUGCAGAGCCUACGAGAGAGAGCCUGCUCGCUUCAUGGUGGAGUUUGACGGUGAUCCAAUGCCCACCAUUCAAUGGUACCGUGAAGAUUUCCUCAUCACCAGCUCUCCUGACUUCCUCAUUCACACGUUUGGUGACAAGAGCAUCCUGACCAUCCGUGAGAUCUUCCUUGAGGACUCUGGAGUCUUCGCUGUGGUGGCCGAAAACCGUGGUGGUCGUGCCAAAUGUUCUGCCAACUUGGUGGUGGCUGAACGCAAGCAGAGCCGAGCAGGACCUGUACCUCCCAGCUUUGACCAAACUAUUCAGGAUACACAGAGCAAUCCAGGCAAUCUGGUGAGGUUAGAUGCUAAGAUCCUUGGCACCGGUCCCAUUGAUGUCUAUUGGCUCAAGAAUGGACGCAAGCUGACACAAGACAAUCACUUCAAGAUGCUGAUGGAGGGUGACUCAUUCAGUCUUAUGAUCCUGGAGGCAGUACCUGAGGACACUGCUUCCUAUGAGUGUGUGGCCAUCAACAAGGCUGGUGAAGCCCGCUGCCAGGCCACUGUGGAGAUUAGCGGCCCACCUUCACCCAAGACCAAGGAGGCCCCAGCCAAGACUGCUGGACCCCCUCAGGCCCCAAAGAUUGUCCAGAAGGCUAAGGCACAUAUUGUACAAGAAGGACAGCCUGUCUUCUUUGAUUGUGUCAUCACAGCCAAUCCAAAACCCACAAUCCAAUGGAUGAAGGGUAAUGAGCCCAUCAAGCCCAGCAAAUACUUCACCAUGACUGCUGAUGGUGAUCGUUAUGGUCUCCGUAUCUCAGAAGUCUUCCCUGAGGACGAAGGGAGCUACUCCUGUGUGGCUACCAAUCCAGGUGGCAAGGCUACCGUACAGACAAAGCUGCAGGUGAAACAGCCCCAGCAGUCUGAGGUGGCCCCCACUGUGGCAUCCAUGGAACCUGUGACAGUGAAGGAGGGCAAGGGAGUCCGCUUCAACACGGUGGUGAUGGGCACCCCUAAGCCCACUGUCCAGUGGUACCGUGAAGGGUCCCUCAUCCCCAACUCCAAGGACUUUGUGAUGUUCAUGGAAGGUAACUCAGCCGUCUUGGACGUCAAGCAGACCUAUCCCGAGGACUCCGGCACCUUCACCUGCCGGGCCACUAACUCCGCUGGACAGGCCGAGACCUCCGUCUUGCUCACGGUCAAAAGUUCUUAUACAGAAGAGGAGGAUCAUGCUCACCUUAUGCACCGUGUUGAAGAGAGGGAGUCUCGUAGACGCCGCUGGGAGUCUCCGAGUCCCGCCAGGUGGUGUUCGCUCAGCCCCGCUAGGCCGGGUCGGGACAAAAGUAUUCCAGGAAGAGGCUUCACACCUAGAAGAGAGGAGGACUUGGAAAGAAAGAAGAGGGAAAGAGUGCCAUGGCUCGCAGAGAAGAAAACAGAGGAUAUAAGUUCAGCAGCAUCGAGAUUGAAAAGAACCCCAGCACCAUUUGCACCAAAAGAAAUUGAAAAAUAUUCACUUCCUAAAGUGGGACUUAAGAAAACUGCACAAGACACGAUAUCAGAGGAACCUGGAAGCCCGCAGCAGUUUGAAGAUCAUGAAGAUGAAUAUGAAUAUUAUGAAGAUUAUGAUUAUGAUACUGAUGAAAUGCCAGAGGGUGAAGGUGAAUAUGGGGACCUCGGGGAGUACGAGCCGCCGAGACAAGAACCUAGUCAGAGGGGAAGGCCUCGCACAGUGAAGGGAAAGUUCCCACGCAGGCCACAGGAUGGAUCAGAGCCCAAGCCAGGAAAGAGGCCUAUCUUACGAAGGAGGAGAGUGAGACCUGAAGACAAGACUCCAGAGGAAGUGCAUUUGAAGCCUGGUAGACGAGUCCCCAAGGCACUCCCUGAAGAAGGUGAAAAGCCUCACCUUAAGCCUUUUCAAAAGAAACAAUUAGAGAAGAAAGAUGAACCAGUAACCAUGCCAUGGAGAACCAAGAGGACACCCUCAAAGGAGGUAGAAGACAGGAAAGCUUUCCCUUCUGAAGAUAUUCCCAAACAAGAACCAGACCUUGGAGAGGAAGAUGGGGAAGACUAUUAUGAAUAUUAUGAAGACUAUGAUUAUGAUUCUGACGAAAUUCCUGAUGGUGAAUAUGGUGAUAUUGGAGAAUAUGAACCACCGAGACAAGAUCUUAGCCAGAGGGGUAGGUCCCGCAUGGUGAAGAGGAGGCUUCCACACAUGCCACAGGAUCAGGAGGAACCCAAACCAGGAAAAAGGCCAAUCUUGCGCAGGAGAAGAGUGAGGCCUGGAGAGAAGCCUGGUGAAGAGGUGCUCUUGAAACCUGACAGAGGAAUUCCUAAAGCUCCUGAGGAAGGAGAGACAACCAGACUCAGAUCUUUUGAAAAAGGAAAGCCAAAGGAGAAAGAAGAGCCGAGAACUGUGCCAUGGAGGACCAAGAGGCUGCCUUCAAAGGAUAGAAAGGAACCUCUGCAACCACAUACAGAUCUCCCAGAGACUACUAAAGAAGAACCAGGGAGACGUGCACUCACAGACAAAGAUGUCAGUGACAUAAGACAGAUACCCCAAGAUUAUAUUGAAAUAGAUGACCAAGCACAUUCAAAACAUGUAGAAACUGUUGAAGAAGAUGACAUAAGACAAGUAGAAGAUUCACAAAAGCCAAAACCAAGAAAACUGAGAGUUCCUUUACCUGAGAAAGAGGAAUUCACAAUACCUAAGGUGCCUCUCAGAAAAACAGUACCUAGACAGUUUGUUCCUGAAGAAGAAACACUGGAAUCAGUCGAUCUUCAACAUGUAGAAAAGCCCAAGAAGCCAACACCUAAACGUGAAAGACGAGAGUGGAGUCCAUUGCCAGAAACUGAUAAGUACACUCCAGAGGAAGUUCCUGAAAAGGAACCUGUGGAACUUGAAGAGCCUGAUUCAUACAAAAUGAUAAGAGAACCAAAAGAUGAAGAGCCUGAGGAAAGUGUAUACCAGAGGGAACCCAAAGAACAACCUCUGCCAGAAGAUGAAAAGAAACGAAAGAUUAGAAGAGGGCGAUGGCCGCCUGGAAAAGAAGAAGAAGAAAAGGAAGAGGUAACAUUUAAGCCAAGGAGACGCUUACCUAAGGAACCAGAAGAGGAGGGUGAAAAGCCACAGUUGAAACCUACUCCUAAGAAAAAGACCGAGCUGAAAGAAAAGGAAAUGAUUACAAGCAAGCCUGGUAAAAGAACACCUCAAAGUCUUCCUGAGAGAGAACAAAUAGAACUAGAACCAUUUGAAGGAAUAGAACCAGAGAUCCCAGAAAAGGAGAAAGUUGAUUUGGAGAGGCCGAGGAAGCCAAAGAGAAAAGAAAAGGAUAGACCAUUGGAGGAAAUCGAUACUUCUCUUCCCGAGGAAGAUGUAGAACCUGUAGACGAUGAAGAAACAAAGCCAAGGAAAGAUAGAAAGAAGCCUAUGAAGAAGGAAGAUGAACCUGAAACUCCAUCAUGGCGAGGUAGAAGACUCCCACCUAAGGACGAAGAAAGAGAAACAGUGGAGUUGAAGCCUUUUGAAAGAGAGAAACCAGACGAACCAAAGAAGAGACCCAAGACCAAACCUAGGUGGCCCUAUGAGCCUGAAAUUCCUGAACCUGGCAAGACUCGUCGAGAGCUUCCAUGGAAGCCUGAGAGAGUAAAGGUACCUGAUGGCAUUCCAGAUGAUACAAAACGCAUAGAGGAUGAAGAGCCACUUGAUGAGAAGGAACCAUUGAAACCCAAGAAAGAAAGAAGGAAACCUGAUGAGGAAGAAGAAGAUGAAACUCCAUCAUGGAGAGGACGAAGGAUUCCAAAAGAUGAUGAAAAGGAUGACAUACAGUUAAGGCCAUUUAGAAAAGAUGCACCCAAACAACCCAAGUCAACACCUAAAGACAAACUGGGUAAACCAUAUGACACAAAAAUUCCUGAGACGGAGGAAAUUCCCCAAGAACCCUAUAAAAAACCAAGAAAAUACAAACCCCCUCAAGAAGAUGGUGAACCAGUUGAGCCUCAAGAUGAUGAAGAAUAUUUACCAGAUGGCAGACCACGACCAAAGGGAGAUAGGGAUGAUGAACCAACAUUCCCACCAUGGAGAGGGAAGAGAGUCACCCGCAGAGAGAAACGAACAGAGGAAGUACAGUUGAAGCAUGUGUCUCGUCAACCUGGUAAAGUAGACUUUGAUGGUAUGGCACCUGAAGAAAUACCAGAGGAGCCAAGCAUUACUGAGAUAAAUGAGGAAUUUUAUGAGGUUGAUGACACAACAGAGGGUCAGUAUGAAAUAAUUAAAGAGGAAGUCACUAGAUUUGGCACUAGAAUAAUAAAACGUCGUCCAAAGUCAAAGCCUAAACCAAAAAUAACUGAAAGGAAGACUACUGAAGAGCAAAUUAUUGAAUCUAAAUUUAUUUCUGAAAAGAAGGCUCCUGAAGAGACUGAAGACGUGGAAGAUAAGAUAGAGACAGAGUAUGAAAUAAUAGAAGAGAUUGUCACCACAGAUGGUAGAUUGAUAAGACGUCGUCCAAAACCAGAACCAAAACCAAAAUCAACGACUGAAGAGGAGACUAUAGAGGAACAGCCUUCAAUGCCAAGAGUAACUCCCAAAAGGAGAGUUCCUGGGAAAUUUGUUACUCAGGAAGACACCAUCGAAACUGUGGAGCUGAAGCAUGUGAAGAAGCCCAAGAAGCCGAAAACUGUGCGGGAGAAGCGUCAGUGGGAUACCUUUGGUGAAACAGAAGAAACAGUUAUUGAGGAGUUAACUGAAAGGGAACAUGUAGAUCUUGAAAGGCCUGAGACAUUUGAGACAGUGGAAAGAUUUGAGACUGAAGAUGAUCAAACCAUUGAAAAGUAUCAGCACACCAUUGAAGAGGAAACCGUUAUUGAAGAAGCAAAGAAACCAAAGAUAAAGAGGGGGCAAUGGCCUCCUACAGAAGUAGAGGAAACAGAAGAGGUUAGGCUAAAACCAGGAAGGCGCUUGCCAAGGCGACCAGAGGAGGAAAAGGAAGAGCCACAGCUAAAGCCUAUUCCCAAGAAGAAAGUCAUGCCUGAGGAAAAAGAAAUGACACCUGGUAAGCCAGGCAAAACAAGACCUCAAGAUCUUCCGGAGAGUGAGUGGGUACAACUGGAACCACAGGAAGGCAUGGAGCCACAGAUUUCAGAGAAAGAGGAAGUCACUUUGAAAAAGCCUAGGAAACCAAAGGCUGAUAGAAAAGACAAACCUCUUAAAGAUACACGAGUUCCUGUUUCAGAAGACUCACAGUUCGAAGUGGAAGAUGAAACAAAACCCAAGAAAGAAAGAAAGAAACCAGAAAUGGAGGAAGAAGAGACUGAAGUUCCAUCAUGGAGAGGCAGAAGACUUAAACCCAAGGAUGAAGAGAAGGAAACGGUAGAGCUGAAACCUUUCGAAAAGAAACCAGAAGAACCCAAAAAGAAACCCAAAACUAAACCUCGCUGGCCUUAUGAACCAGAAACUCAGGAACCUGAGAAGACUCCACAAGAUGUUCCAAAGAAGCCAGAAAAAGGAGUGCCAGAUGGUAUGCCAGAGGAACCAACUGAUAUUGAUGGCUAUGAAGAAGUCCUUGAGAUGGAUGAUAUUACAGAAGCACAGUAUGAAGUAGUUAAAGAAGAAGUCACUGCAUUUGGCACUAGAGUAAUUAAACGUCGUCCAAAGCCAAAACAAAAAACUAAAAUAAUUCAGGAAGAGAUAACUGAAGAACAGGUUACCGUAUCUGAAAUAACUCCUAAGAAGAAGGCUCCUGAAGAGACUGAAGACGUAGAAGAUAAGACAGAGACAGAGUAUGAAAUAAUAGAAGAGAUUGUCACCACAGAUGGUAGAUUGAUAAGACGUCGUCCAAAACCAAAACCGAAACCAAAAUCAACGACUGAAGAGGAGACUAUAGAGGAACAGCCUUCAAUGCCAAGAGUAACUCCCAAAAGGAGAGUUCCUGGGAAAUUUGUUACUCAGGAAGACACCAUCGAAACUGUGGAGCUGAAGCAUGUGAAGAAGCCCAAGAAGCCAAAAACUGUGCGGGAGAAGCGUCAAUGGGAUACCUUUGGUGAAACAGAAGAAACAGUUAUUGAGGAGUUAACUGAAAGGGAACAUGUAGAUCUUGAAAGGCCUGAGACAUUUGAGACAGUGGAAAGAUUUGAGACUGAAGAUGAUCAAACCAUUGAAAAGUAUCAGCACACCAUUGAAGAGGAAACCGUUAUUGAGGAAGCAAAGAAACCUAAGAUAAAGAGGGGGCGAUGGCCUCCUACAGAAGUAGAGGAAACAGAAGAGGUUAGGCUAAAACCAGGAAGGCGCUUACCAAGGCGACCGGAGGAGAAAAAGGAAGAGCCACAGCUAAAGCCUAUUCCCAAGAAGAAAGCCAUGCCUGAGGAAGAAGAAAUGACACCUGGUAAAUCAGGCAAAGCAAAACCUCAAGAUCUUCCGGAGAGUGAAUGGGUACAACUGGAACCAAAAACUCGGGAAUCCGAGAAGACUCCACAAGAUCUUCCAAAGAAGCCAGAUAAAGGAGUGCCAGAUGGUAUGCCAGAGGAACCAACUGAUAUUGAUGGCUAUGAAGAGGUCCUUGAGAUGGAUGAUAUUACAGAAGCACAGUAUGAAGUAGUUAAAGAAGAAGUCACUGCAUUUGGCACUAGAGUAAUUAAACGUCGUCCAAAGCCAAAACAAAAAACUAAAAUUACUCAAGAAGAGGUAACGGAAGAACAAGUUACCGUAUCUGAAAUAACUCCUAAGAAGAAGGCUCCUGAAGAGACUGAAGACGUGGAAGAUAAGACAGAGACAGAGUAUGAAAUAAUAGAAGAGAUUGUCACCACAGAUGGUAGAUUGAUAAGACGUCGUCCAAAACCAAAAACAAAAACAACUGAAGAAGAGAGUAUAGAGGAACAGAGGAUCGUUAUUGAGGAAGGAAAGAAACCUAAGAUCAAGAGAGGACGAUGGCUUCCUACAGAGGAAGAGGAAACGGAAGAGGUAAGACUGAAGCCAGGAAGGCGUUUGCAAAAGCGACCAGAGGAGGAAAAGGAAGAGCCAAAAUUGAAGCCUAUUUCUAAGAAAAAACCCAUGCCUGAAGAGAAAGAAACUGAAGAGACACAAUUGGAAACACAUGAGGAGGUAAGCAAGAAACCAAAGAAGAAAAAGAAGGUUACUGGAGAAAUCAAAACUGAAGAAUAUGAAGAACAAAUUUCAAUGAUUGAAGACACAGUUGAACAAAAAGAAAAAACAGAGGAACAAGAGAAAUCUGUUGGUCUUCCAAAGAAGCCAAAGAAGAAGAAACCACAGAUGUUCCAGGAACCAGAGGAGGAAAAUGUUGAAAUCUUUGGUAUCAAGCUCAGAAAGUCUUCUCAAAAUGUCUUCAAACCAGAGGAAGUGGCUCUUGAGAAAGUGGAACUGGACCAUGUCGAAACACCAGAAGAACCUGAAGCUGCACCAAUAGAAAAAAGAGUUUGGUCUCCACCACCUGAAUAUGAGACCUAUGUUCCGGAGGAAAUUCCUGACAAGGAACCUGUGGAGCUAGAGAAGUAUGAGCCAUUCAUUCCUGAACCUACAACUAAAGAGCAAGAAGAGCCUGAAAAGAAACCGUAUGAAAGGAAGCCAAAAGAAGAAACGGAAACUGAAGAGGUCAGGAAGAUGAAGCUUGGGAAAAGGAAAGAAAAACCAAAAGAGCCAGAAGAAGAAGACAAACAGUGGCGUGGAAGGCGUCGGCCAAAGUCUCCUGAAAAGGAACCAGAGGAACCUCACCUCAAACCAAUUCCCAAGAAGAAACCAGAGGAAGAAGACAAAGAAAAAGUGGCUCGUAAACCUAAGAAGAAGCCAACGAAAGACCUUCCUGACCGUGAACCUGUCGAGCUUCAGCCAUUUGAGCGUGGAGAGCCUGAGAUUAUUGAGAAAGAGAAAGUUGAUCUUGAGAAGCCUCUCAAACCUCAACCUGAACCUAAAGAGAAGCCAGAAGAAGAGUCCAAAGUUCCAAAGCCAGACGACAAGGAGCCUUCCUAUGAGGAAGAAACGAAGCCCAAGAAGGAUAGAAAGAAGCCUGAGAAGAAGGAAGAAGAACCUGAAGUACCCUCUUGGAGAGGCAAGAGACUUCCGCCAAAGGAAGAGGAAAAGGAAGAGGUCAUACUCAAGCCUUUCGACAAAGAAAAGCCAGAAGAACCGAAAAAGAAACCUAAAACCAAGCCUCGCAAACCAUAUGAACCAGAAAUUCCAGAACCUGAAAAGACUCCUUUGGAGCCUUACAGCAAGCCUGAUCGAGAGAAGGUUCCUGAUGAGGUACCUAAAGAAGACAAACCAAAGGAUGAGGAAAAGGUUCAGGAAGACGAAGAAACAAAACCACGGAAGCCAAGGAAGAAGCCUGAUAAAGAAGAAGAGGAAGAGACUCCAUCAUGGAGGGGACGCAGGAUUCCUAAAGAUGAUGAGAAGGAAGAAAUUCAGCUCAAGCCAUUCAAGAAAGAUAAGCCAAAGGAGCCUGAACCAACUUCCAAAGAUAAGAUUAGUAAGCCAUAUGAUGCAGAUAUUCCUGAACAUGAGAGAAUUCCUCUUGAGCCACACAAGAAGCCCAAGAAGAAGAAGAAGGCACCUGGAGAAACUAGACCUGAAGAAGAAGAGGUAUCAACAGACGAGGUGAUUGAAGAGCCAAAGGAACAACCAGAAAAGCCUGAGAAGCCAGCAGAAAGGCCUGUUGACUUGCCAAAGAAGCCAAAGAAGAAGAGACCACAGUUGUUCCAGGCACCGGAGGAAGAAAAUGUUGAAAUCUUUGGUGUCAAGCUCAGAAAGUCUUCUCAAAAUGUCUUCAAACCAGAAGAAGUGACUCUUGAGAAAGUGGAACUGGACCAUGUCGAAACACCUGAAGAACCUGAAGCUGCACCAGUAGAAAAAAGAGUUUGGUCUCCACCACCUGAAUAUGAGACGUAUGUUCCGGAAGAAAUUCCCGAUAAGGAACCUGUGGAGCUAGAGAAGUAUGAGCCAUUCAUUCCUGAACCUACAACUAAAGAGCAAGAAGAGCCUGAAAAGAAACCGUAUGAAAGGAAGCCAAAAGAAGAAACGGAAACUGAAGAGGUCAGGAAGAUGAAGCUUGGGAAAAGGAAAGAAAAACCAAAAGAGCCGGAAGAAGAAGACAAACAGUGGCGCGGAAGGCGUCGGCCAAAGUCUCCCGAAAAGGAACCAGAGGAACCUCACCUCAAACCAAUUCCCAAGAAGAAACCAGAGGAAGAAGAAAAAGAAAAAGUGGCUCGUAAACCUAAGAAGAAGCCAACGAAAGACCUUCCCGACCGUGAACCUGUCGAGCUUCAGCCAUUUGAGCGUGGAGAGCCUGAGAUUAUUGAGAAAGAGAAGGUUGAUCUUGAGAAGCCUCUCAAACCUCAACCUGAACCUAAAGAGAAGCCAGAAGAAGAGCCCAAAGUUCCAAAGCCAGAUGACAAGGAGCCUUUCUAUGAGGAAGAAACGAAGCCCAAGAAGGAUAGAAAGAAGCCUGAGAAGAAGGAAGAAGAACCUGAAGUACCCUCUUGGAGAGGCAAGAGACUUCCGCCAAAGGAAGAGGAAAAGGAAGAGGUCAUACUCAAGCCUUUCGACAAAGAAAAGCCAGAAGAACCGAAAAAGAAACCUAAAACCAAGCCUCGCAAACCAUACGAGCCAGAAAUUCCUGAACCUGAAAAGACUCCACUGGAGCCUUACAGCAAGCCUGAUCGAGAGAAGGUUCCUGAUGAGGUACCUAAAGAAGACAAACCAAAGGAUGAGGAAAAGGUUCCAGAAGACGAAGAAACAAAACCACGGAAGCCAAGGAAGAAGCCUGAUAAAGAAGAAGAGGAAGAGACCCCAUCAUGGAGGGGACGCAGGAUUCCUAAAGAUGAUGAGAAAGAAGAAAUUCAGCUCAAGCCAUUCAUGAAAGAUAAGCCAAAGGAGCCCGAACCAACUCCCAAAGAUAAGCUUGGUAAGCCAUAUGAUGCAGAUAUUCCUGAACAUGAGAGAAUUCCUCUUGAGCCACACAAGACGCCUAAGAAGAAGAAGAAGAAGGCACCUGGAGAAACUAGACCUGAAGAAGAAGAGGUAUCAACAGACGAGGUGAUUGAAGAGCCAAAGGAACAACCAGAAAAGCCUGAGAAACCUGCAGAAAGGCCUGUUGACUUGCCAAAGAAGCCAAAGAAGAAGAGACCACAGUUGUUCCAGGCACCAGAGGAAGAAAAUGUUGAAAUUUUUGGUGUCAAGCUCAGAAAGUCUUCUCAAAAUGUCUUUAAACCAGAGGAAGUGGCUCUUGAGAAAGUGGAACUGGACCAUGUCGAAACACCAGAAGAACCUGAAGCUGCACCAGUAGAAAAGAGAGUUUGGUCUCCACCACCUGAAUAUGAGACCUAUGUUCCAGAGGAAAUUCCCGACAAGGAACCUGUGGAGCUAGAGAAGUAUGAGCCAUUCAUUCCUGAACCUACAACUAAAGAGCAAGAAGAGCCUGAAAAGAAACCGUUUGAAAGGAAGCCAAAAGAAGAAACGGAAACUGAAGAGGUCAGGAAGAUGAAGCUUGGGAAAAGGAAAGAAAAACCAAAAGAGCCAGAAGAAGAAGACAAACAGUGGCGUGGAAGGCGUCGGCCAAAGUCUCCAGAAAAGGAACCAGAGGAACCUCACCUCAAACCAAUUCCCAAGAAGAAACCAGAGGAAGAAGACAAAGAAAAGUGCUCGAAACCUAAGAAGAAGCCAACGAAAGACCUUCCUGACCGUGAACCUGUCGAGCUUCAGCCAUUUGAGCGUGGAGAGCCUGAGAUUAUUGAGAAAGAGAAAGUUGAUCUUGAGAAGCCUCUCAAACCUCAACCUGAACCUAAAGAGAAGCCAGAAGAAGAGUCCAAAGUUCCAAAGCCAGACGACAAGGAGCCUUCCUAUGAGGAAGAAACGAAGCCCAAGAAGGAUAGAAAGAAGCCUGAGAAGAAGGAAGAAGAACCUGAAGUACCCUCUUGGAGAGGCAAGAGACUUCCGCCAAAGGAAGAGGAAAAGGAAGAGGUCAUACUCAAGCCUUUCGACAAAGAAAAGCCAGAAGAACCAAAAAAGAAACCUAAAACCAAGCCUCGCAAACCAUACGAGCCAGAAAUUCCUGAACCUGAAAAGACUCCUCUCGAGCCUUACAGCAAGCCUGAUCGAGAGAAGGUUCCUGAUGAGGUACCUAAAGAAGACAAACCAAUGGUUGAGGAAAAAGUUCCAGAAGACGAAGAAACAAAACCACGAAAGCCAAGGAAGAAGCCUGAUAAAGAAGAAGAGGAAGAGACUCCAUCAUGGAGGGGACGCAGGAUUCCUAAAGAUGAUGAGAAAGAAGAAAUUCAGCUCAAGCCAUUCAAGAAAGAUAAGCCAAAGGAGCCUGAACCAACUCCCAAAGAUAAGCUUGGUAAGCCAUAUGAUGCAGAUAUUCCUGAACAUGAGAGAAUUCCUCUUGAGCCACACAAGAAGCCCAAGAAGAAGAAGAAGGCACCUGGAGAAACUAGACCUGAAGAAGAAGAGGUAUCAACAGAUGAGGUGAUUGAAGAGCCAAAGGAACAACCAGAAAAGCCUGAGAAGCCAGCAGAAAGGCCUGUUGACUUGCCAAAGAAGCCAAAGAAGAAGAGACCACAGUUGUUCCAGGCACCGGAGGAAGAAAAUGUUGAAAUCUUUGGUGUCAAGCUCAGAAAGUCUUCUCAAAAUGUCUUUAAACCAGAGGAAGUGGCUCUUGAGAAAGUGGAACUGGACCAUGUCGAAACACCAGAAGAACCUGAAGCUGCACCAGUAGAAAAGAGAGUUUGGUCUCCACCACCUGAAUAUGAGACCUAUGUUCCGGAGGAAAUUCCUGACAAGGAACCUGUGGAGCUAGAGAAGUAUGAGCCAUUCAUUCCUGAACCUACAACUAAAGAGCAAGAAGAGCCUGAAAAGAAACCGUAUGAAAGGAAGCCAAAAGAAGAAACGGAAACUGAAGAGGUCAGGAAGAUGAAGCUUGGGAAAAGGAAAGAAAAACCAAAAGAGCCUGAAGAAGAAGACAAACAGUGGCGUGGAAGGCGUCGGCCAAAGUCUCCAGAAAAGGAACCAGAGGAACCUCACCUCAAACCAAUUCCCAAAAAGAAACCAGAGGAAGAAGACAAAGAAAAAGUGGCUCGUAAACCUAAGAAGAAGCCAACGAAAGACCUUCCGGACCAUGAACCUGUUGAGCUUCAGCCAUUUGAGCGUGGAGAGCCUGAGAUUAUUGAGAAAGAGAAGGUUGAUCUUGAGAAGCCUCUCAAACCUCAACCUGAACCUAAAGAGAAGCCAGAAGAAGAGCCCAAAGCUCCAAAGCCAGACAACAAGGAGCCUUCCUAUGAGGAAGAAACGAAGCCCAAGAAGGAUAGAAAGAAGCCUGAGAAGAAGGAAGAAGAACCUGAAGUACCCUCUUGGAGAGGCAAGAGACUUCCGCCAAAGGAAGAGGAAAAGGAAGAGGUCAUACUCAAGCCCUUCGACAAAGAAAAGCCAGAAGAACCGAAAAAGAAACCUAAAACUAAGCCUCGCAAACCAUAUGAGCCAGAAAUUCCAGAACCUGAAAAGACUCCACUGGAGCCUUACAGCAAGCCUGAUCGAGAGAAGGUUCCUGAUGAGGUACCUAAAGAAGACAAACCAAAGGAUGAGGAAAAGGUUCCAGAAGAUGAAGAAACAAAACCACGGAAGCCAAGGAAGAAGCCUGAUAAAGAAGAAGAAGAAGAGACUCCAUCAUGGAGGGGACGCAGGAUUCCUAAAGAUGAUGAGAAGGAAGAAAUUCAGCUUAAGCCAUUCAAGAAAGAUAAGCCAAAGGAGCCCGAACCAACUCCCAAAGAUAAAAUUGGUAAGCCAUAUGACGCAGAUAUCCCUGAACAUGAGAGAAUUCCUCUUGAGCCACACAAGAAGCCCAAGAAGAAGAAGAAGGCACCUGGAGAAACUAGACCUGAAGAAGAAGAGGUAUCAAAGCCUGAAGAACCAGAAGAACAGGAAGAACAACCAGAAAUGCCUGAGAAACCUGUAGAAAGACCUGUCGACUUGCCAAAGAAGCCAAAGAAGAAGAGACCACAGUUGUUCCAGGCACCGGAAGAAGGCAGUGUUGAAGUGUUUGGUGUUAAGCUCAGAAAAGCUUCUCAAAACGUUUUUGUGCCUGAAGAGGUAACUCUCGAGAAAGUGGAACUGGACCAUGUUGAGACACCAGAAGAACCUGAAGCUGCGCCAGUAGAAAAGAGAGUAUGGACUCCUCCACCUGAAUAUGAGACUUACAUUCCUGAGGAAAUUCCUGACAAGGAACCUGUGGAGCUAGAGAAAUAUGAGCCAUUUAUGCCUGUUCCUACACCUAAAAAGGAAGAAGAGACUGAGAAGAAACCAUAUGAAAAGAAGCCAAAGGAAGAGCCUGAGACGGAAGAAGUAAAGAAGAUGAAGCUUGGGAAAAGGAAAGAAAAACCAAAAGAGCCAGAAGAAGAAGACAAACAGUGGCGUGGAAGGCGUCGGCCAAAGUCUCCUGAAAAGGAACCAGAGGAACCUCACCUCAAACCAAUUCCCAAAAAGAAACCAGAGGAAGAAGACAAAGAAAAAGUGGCUCGUAAACCUAAAAAGAAGCCAACACCAGACCUUCCCGACCGUGAACCUGUCGAGCUUCAGCCAUUUGAGCGUGGAGAACCUGAGAUUAUUGAGAAAGAGAAGGUUGAUCUUGAGAAGCCUCUCAAACCUCAACCUGAACCUAAAGAGAAGCCAGAAGAAGAGCCCAAAGUUCCAAAGCCAGAUGACAAGGAGCCUUCCUAUGAGGAAGAAACGAAGCCCAAGAAGGAUAGAAAGAAGCCUGAGAAGAAGGAAGAAGAACCUGAAGUACCCUCUUGGAGAGGCAAGAGACUUCCGCCAAAGGAAGAGGAAAAGGAAGAGGUCAUACUCAAGCCCUUCGACAAAGAAAAGCCAGAAGAACCAAAAAAGAAACCUAAAACCAAGCCUCGCAAACCAUAUGAACCAGAAAUUCCAGAACCUGAAAAGACUCCACUGGAGCCUUACAGCAAGCCUGAUCGAGAGAAGGUUCCUGAUGAGGUACCUAAAGAAGACAAACCAAAGGAUGAGGAAAAGGUUCCAGAAGACAAAGAAACAAAACCACGGAAGCCAAGGAAGAAGCCUGAUAAAGAAGAAGAAGAGGAGACUCCAUCAUGGAGGGGACGCAGGAUUCCUAAAGAUGAUGAGAAGGAAGAAAUUCAGCUUAAGCCAUUCAAGAAAGAUAAGCCAAAGGAGCCCGAACCAACUCCCAAAGAUAAAAUUGGUAAGCCAUAUGACGCAGAUAUCCCUGAACAUGAGAGAAUUCUUCUUGAGCCACACAAGAAGCCCAAGAAGAAGAAGAAGGCACCUGGAGAAACUAGACCUGAAGAAGAAGAGGUAUCAAAGCCUGAAGAACCAGAAGAACAGAAAGAACAACCAGAAAUGCCUGAGAAACCUGCAGAAAGACCUGUCGACUUGCCAAAGAAGCCAAAGAAGAAGAGACCACAGUUGUUCCAGGCACCAGAAGAAGGCAGUGUUGAAGUGUUUGGUGUUAAGCUCAGAAAAGCUUCUCAAAACAUCUUUGUGCCUGAAGAGGUAACUCUCGAGAAAGUGGAACUGGACCAUGUUGAGACACCAGAAGAACCUGAAGCUGCGCCAGUAGAAAAGAGGGUUUGGACUCCUCCUCCUGAAUAUGAGACUUACGUUCCUGAGGAAAUUCCUGACAAGGAACCUGUGAAACUAGAGAAAUAUGAGCCAUUUAUUCCUGUUCCUACACCUAAAAAGGAAGAAGAGACUGAGAAGAAACCAUAUGAAAGGAAGCCGAAGGAAGAGCCCGAGACGGAAGAAGUAAGAAAAAUGAAACUUGGAAAAGGAAAAGAAAAACCAAAAGAGCCAGAAGAAGAAGACAAAAAGAAACGCCCAAGGCGUCGACCUAAAUCUCCUGAAAAGGAACCAGAGGAACCUCACCUCAAACCAAUUCCCAAGAAGAAACCAGAGGAAGAAGACAAAGAAAAAGUGGCUCGUAAACCUAAGAAGAAGCCAAUGAAAGACCUUCCUGACCGUGAGCCUGUCGAGCUUCAGCCAUUUGAGCGUGGAGAGCCCGAGAUUAUUGAGAAAGAGAAGGUUGAUCUUGAGAAACCUCUCAAACCUCAACCUGAACCUAAAGAAAAGCCAGAAGAGGCGCCAAAAGCUCCAAAGCCAAAAGAUGAAGAAAAGAUUCCACAAGACGAAGAAACAAAACCAAAGAAGCCAAGAAAGAAGCCUGAUAAAGAAGAGGAGGAAGAGAUACCUAAGUGGGGAGGGCGUAGGAUUCCAAAAGAUGAUGAAAAAGAAGAAAUUCAGCUCAAGCCCUUUAAGAAAGAGAAGCCAAAGGAACCUAAACCAACUCCCAAAGAUAAGCUGGGUAAACCAUACGAGCCUGAAAUCCCUGAGCCUGAAAAACCUCCACAAGAACCAUUUGUGAAACCAGAUGAUGAAAAGAAACCAAGGAAGAAGCCUAAGAAGCCUAAAGAAGAUAAACCAGAGAAACCUCUUGAGCCAAAGCCUAUGGAUCUUGAAGAGGAGGAGUUCUCUGAAAUUGAAGUGGAGAUCUUGGAGAUGGAGACCCCGAAGGAGCCCACUAUCAUAAAAUCACUUAAACGUGCUCACCAGAAGCCAAAAGAUGUUGAAGUUAUUCCCCCAUCUUUUUCACAGUCUUUGGAGCCCGUGGUGGUUAAGCCAUCUCAUAAGUCUGUGUUCAAGUGUGAAGUGAAGGGUUACCCACCACCUGAAGUGAAGUGGUAUUUCAAUAGCUUCGAGAUUCUUCCAAGUCACAACAGAAUUAUCCGCUACGAGAACCGAGUGUCAACUCUAACCAUUGUGCGUACCACGGAAGACGAUGAGGGCAUGUACUCCUGCGAGGCCGUCAACGUGGCCGGCAAAGCCACAACCAUCGCCAACUUGGUGCUGGAAGCACGCAAAGACAAGCCUCAAGGGCAGCCGCCGAAGUUCAUUGAGCCGCUGAAGCCCCAGAGGGUGGAACAUGGCUCAAAGACUGUCCUGGAAGCCACUGUCAAAGGCAAUCCCACUCCAAGGGUGUUGUGGUAUCACCUUGAGCAAGAAAUUUUGCCUUCUCAGGAAUUUGUCCAAGAGUAUGAUGCCACCACAGGGCGAGCUGCUCUCACUAUCAGUGAAGUGUUCAUAGAUGACACAGGACUGUACCGCUGCCUUGCUGUGAACCAGCACGGCCAAGAUGAAACUGCCACUUACCUUACAGUGGAGGACUUGGAGAUCUUGGAGAAGCAGGAGCUGAGACAAGCUCCUCGAAUUACCUUCCCACUCCAGCCCCAGAUAAUAAAGAGAGCUUCUCCCCUAGUCCUCCAGGCUCGCUAUGAAGCCUUUCCACCACCUACUGUUAAGUGGUAUCAUCAGGGCAAGGAACUAAAGCCCUCCCUUGAUUAUAAGAUUGAGCACUUUGAUGACGAAACGACCCUCUGUAUGGAGGAAGUUUUCGAGGACGAUACUGGAGAGUACGAAGUAAAAGUUUUCAAUGAGGCUGGAGAAGCCAGAUCACUAGCUACAGUUAUUGUAUCACAACCUGAAGAAGUGAUAGAAAUGAAACCACCACUGUUCAUCAAACCAUUACAACCUCAGAUAAUUCCUGAAGGAGAAGUUGCCUUCUUAGAAGCUGAGGUAACUUCAAAGCCAGAGGCUGAAUUCACAUGGUACAGACAUGGCCAGAAAAUAACUGCUGAUGAAGAGAUUGAAGUACAGAUCACAAGCAGAGACAAUAAGACUUCUCUUGUUCUUGGGGAACUCUUUGAGGAUGACUCAGGUGACUACACUGUCACUGCCCAGAAUCCCAUUGGCCGAGCCUCCUCCACAGCCACACUAUUGGUGGAGGGGGAGGGAGCAGAGGAGGCUGAGCCACCUGCCUUCAAUCCUCCUUUGACCCCAAUCCGAGUGAUGGAUGGAGAUGAGAUUCGUUUUAAGUGCCGAGUCACAGGACGCCCAAAGCCUCGCCUGCUGUGGCUCCAAAAUGGCCGCCCAAUUGGCCAUCACCGGGAGGUGCAUUUAACCCAAACCCCUGAUGGACAUGCUGGGUUGGAGAUCAGUGAAGUAUUCCCGGAGGAUGCAGGAGACUACACCUGCAUAGCACGUAACAAAGCUGGGGAAGCCCGAACCACAGCUAACCUGGCUGUGGAGUCUUAUGAGUACCAGCCUGACUCUGAGGUAGCAACUGUAACCUCAGUCUCAGACAAGGCCAUUCUGUCACCUUCUGAAGAAGAAGAGACAGAGGAGAUUGAAAAGGGCUCGGAGUCAGACACCUCAGAGGCAGGUUCCUCUCCCUUCUUUGUCACAAGACUUGCAAAGGUGGUGGAGGUGAAAGAAGGCAGCCCUGUAAGGCUGAUCACAAAGCCCACUGGGUACCCCAAACCAACUGUCAAAUGGCAUGUUGACAACAUGCCAAUUGAGACGACAGAGAAUGUUGCCUUAGAGACAUACGAGGAUGGCACCACAGUUCUCAACAUCCCAUAUGCAACCCUGGACGACUGUGGGGAGUAUACCUGUGAGGCUGUCAACAGGAAUGGCAUUGACACUACUGUAACCACUGUUGUCGUCCUCCAGGAACACACGGAGGAGACAUCCAAGCUGUACCGCAAGCCUGAAUGGGUGACUCGUAUGGAGGACCUCAAAGAGGCCAUGACAGCCAAACACACCAAACCUGAAUUCACACAAGAAAUUGAAGACUCACAUAUUAAGGAAAUGGAAACUGUCACGUUCACUACCACUUUCACGGGUAACCCCAAGCCAGACAUCAGCUGGUACCACAACAACAAGCUCAUUCGCCAGCAUGCUUCUUACCAGAUGAGAGUCCGCAAUGACAAGGCAAUGCUGACAGUGGUUCAGGCUCGCCCUGAGAUGAAGGGAGAAUACACCUGCCGUGCAGUCAACUCUGAGGGAGAGAUUUUCUCCAAGGCCACACUGGAGGUGACAGAACUGACCUUUGAAGAGAAGUUGAAGAUUGAUGAUGAAAGGUAUGCAGCUGUACACAUCCAACAUGCUGCUGAACAAAUGAAAGAGAAGGAGAGAGAGCGUGCUAUAAAAAUAAGGAAAGAACACCAUGAAGCCUUGGAAAGAUUGAAAGUGGAGAAGCAGGAGCGUUCAGUCCAGCUUCAGAAAGAGCUUAAAGAAGCCAAAAAGAAGGCUUGUAAGAAGCCCUUGGUUGAAGAAAAGAAAACUAGGGUCUUUUCAUCUGCCACGGAACGUUGUGUGGCAGAGGUUUAUACCAAUUGGAAGGCUCCUGUGACUCUUGAGGAACGCUAUCCUACAAUACAACCCAAUGAAUUUGCUCCAAACCAGAUUCCUGGUGUGAAAUGUUUUGUGAAAGUUUCAGAGACAUCCAUCAAGGGUGAGGAGGUUGUCAAGGAUAUUGCUCCUCAGUUCUUUGAGGAAAAGGAAGUUAUGCAGGAACUAUCACAGAUUCAUACAAUGCUUAAGAGCAAUGUGAAAGUCAAUGAAAUUUGGGCAAAGUUCAGGGCUGGGGAGUUUAAGACUCUUCUCCAACCCAAGAUUCAACCAGCACUUGUCAAAAUUUGUGAACACAUUGGCCACCAGAGGAAUGUGUCCAUUGUUUUAGCUCAAGAGACUCAGGAGCAGGCGAAGAAGCAUCCUGUUGGCCUCAAAGCUUUCCUGCGCAUGGUGAAGCACGCUAAGAACAUCAAACCAGACACUCUCUUCAAGGAGAUUGUCCCCAGAGAGAUGGGCUUGUUCUCCUCCACUACUCAGGAGCUUACCAAGAUCUCUCAGAUGAUAAAUCAAGGAAUGGAGACUGAAGAGAUCAUUGCUUUCUGUGAGGCUGGAAAACUCCCAGCCUUGAAGAAGCCCGAGAGUCAACAGCCACUAAUCAACAUUGUGGAGAAACAUGGCCACUCAGUCAUGGUUGCACAGGUGUUAGUUGAGGAGGCUUACCGAGAAGCUAAAUAUGAGAAAGUGACGACAGAGGAGGCAUCAGAGGUGAUACAUGAGGAGGAGAAGAAGACUGUUAAGGUAUCCAAGAUCAAAUCAGUCGAGGAGAAACCCACACCUACUCCUGUUGAAGAAAAGCCAACACCUGUUCCUGAACAGCCAGAACCAACACCCAAAACAGAGGAAGACAAAAAGACAACAAAACUUAAACGCAAACCCAAAACAAAGAAAACAGUCACAGAACACACUGAGGAAGUCACUGAGGAGGAGGUUUCUGAAACCCCUAAGGUUGAAGAAACAGUUACAGUCACACAAAUUGAAGAAAUUACAGAAGAAAUACAAGAAACACCUGUUCCAGAGAAACCAAAACCAGAAGAAAAAACAAAACCACUUAAAGAUGAACAAAAACCCACACCUCUUACAGUCAAGGAGAAACCCACACCCACUCCUGUUGAGGAAAAGCCAACACCUGUUCCUGAACAGCCAGAACCAACACCCAAAACAGAGGAAGACAAAAAGACACCAAAACGCAAACCCAAACCAAAGAAACCUGUCACAGAACACACUGAGGAGGAAGCUAUAGAAACUCCAAAUAUUGAUGAAACAAUUACACAGGUUACAGAAAUUGAAGAAAUAAUUAAAACACAACCAACACCUAUUCCUGAGAAACCACAACAACCUGUUCCAACACAACCUGAGCCAACACCUAUAACAGAGGAAGACAAAAAGAAACCUAAACCAAAACCAAAACUCAAACCCAAAACAAAGAAAACUGUCACAGAACAAACAGAAGAAACCACAGAGGAGAAAGUUUCUGAAACCCCUAAGGUUGAAGAAACAGAGGAAACAAUUACACUGGUGGAAGAAAUUGUAGAAGAAAUACAUGAGACACAGGCAACACCUACACCUGUAAAACCAAAACCAGAAGAAAAACCAAAACCAGUCAAAGAUGAACAAAAACCCACACCUCUUACAGUCGAGGAGAAACCCACACCUACUCCUGUUGAAGAAAAGGCAACACCUGUUCCUGAACAGCCAGAACCAACACCAAAAACUGAGGAAGACAAAAAGACACCAAAACUUAAACGCAAACCAAAAGCAAAGAAAACUGUCACAGAACACACUGAGGAAGUCACUGAGGAGGAGGUUUCUGAAACCCCUAAGGUUGAAGAAACAGUUACAGUCACACAAACUGAAGAAAUUACAGAAGAAAUACAAGAAACACCUGUUCCAGAGAAACCAAAACCAGAAGAAAAACCAACACCAAAACCAGUCAAAGAUGAACCCACACCUACUCCUGUUGAGGAAAAGCCAACACCUGUUCCUGAACAGCCAGAACCAACACCCAAAACAGAGGAAGACAAAAAGACACCUAAACUCAAACCCAAACCCAAACCCAAACCCAAAACAAAGAAAACUGUCACAGAACACACAGAGGAAGUCACUGAGGAGGAGGUUUCUGAAACACCCAAGGUUGAAGAAACAGUUACAGUCACACAAACAGAAGAAAUUACAGAAGAAAUACAAGAAACACCUGUUCCAGAGAAACCAAAACCAGAAGAAAAACCAACACCAAAACCAGUCAAAGAUGAACAAAAACCCACACAUCUUACAGUUGAGGAGAAACCCACACCCACUCCUGUUGAGGAAAAGCCAACACCUGUUCCUGAACAGCCAGAACCAACACCCAAAACAGAGGAAGACAAAAAGACACCAAAACUUAAACGCAAACCUAAAACAAAGAAAACUGUCACAGAACACACAGAGGAGGUCACUAAGGAAGAAGUUUCAGAAAUACCUAAGGUUGAAGAAACAGUUACAGUCACACAAAUAGAAGAAAUUACAGACAAAAUACAUGACAUACCUGUUCCAGAGAAACCAAAACCAAGUGAAAAACCAACACCUACUCCAAUAAAACCAAAGCCAGAAGAAAAACCAAAACCACUUAAAGAUGAACAAAAACCCACACCUCUUACAGUUGAGGAGAAACCCACACCUACUCCUGUUGAAGAAAAGCCAACACCUGUUCCUGAACAGCCAGAACCAACACCCAAAACAGAGGAAGACAAAAAGAUACCAAAACUUAAACGCAAACCAAAAACAAAGAAAACUGUCACAGAACACACUGAGGAGGUUAUUGAGGAAGAAAUUUCUGAAACCCCUAAGGUUGAAGAAAUAGUUACAGUCACACAGACAGAAGAAAUUACAGAAUUACAAGAAACAUCUGUUCCAGAGAAACCAAAACCAAAGGAAAAGCUAAAACCAAUCAAAGAUGAACAAAAACCUACAAUUACUCUUGAUGAAAGACCGGAACCAACACCAAAAACAGAUGAAAUAAAAAAGAAAGCAAAACCUAAAACAAAGAAAAUAGUUAUAGAAUCCAAAGAAGAUGUAACAGAAGUUUCUGAAAUCCCAGAGAUUAUUAAGAGAGAUGAAUCAGUUACACAGAUUGAAGAAAUAAAAGAGGAAACACAUGAUACAAAACCAACACCUACUCCUAAGAAACCAGAACCAGAAGAAAAACCAACACCAAAACCAGUCAAAGAUGAACAAAAACCCACACCUCUUACAGUCAAGGAGAAACCCACACCCACUCCUGUUGAGGAAAAGCCAACACCUGUUCCUGAACAGCCAGAACCAACACCCAAAACAGAGGAAGACAAAAAGACACCAAAACGCAAACCCAAACCAAAGAAACCUGUCACAGAACACACUGAGGAGGAAGCUAUAGAAACUCCAAAGAUUGAUGAAACAAUUACACAGGUUACAGAAAUUGAAGAAAUAAUUAAAACACAACCAACACCUAUUCCUGAGAAACCACAACAACCUGUUCCAACACAACCUGAGCCAACACCUAUAACAGAGGAAGACAAAAAGAAACCUAAACCAAAACCAAAACUCAAACCCAAAACAAAGAAAACUGUCACAGAACAAACAGAAGAAACCACAGAAGAGAAAGUUUCUGAAACCCCUAAGGUUGAAGAAACAGAGGAAACAAUUACACUGGUGGAAGAAAUUGUAGAAGAAAUACAUGAGACACAGGCAACACCUACACCUGAGAAACCAAAACCAGAAGAAAAACUAAAACCAAAACCAAAACCAGUCAAAGAUGAACAAAAACCCACACCUCUUACAGUCGAGGAGAAACCCACACCCACUCCUGUUGAAGAAAAGCCAACACCUGUUCCUGAACAGCCAGAACCAACACCAAAAACUGAGGAAGACAAAAAGACACCAAAACUUAAACGCAAAACAAAAGCAAAGAAAACUGUCACAGAACACACUAAGGAAGUCACUGAGGAGGAGGUUUCUGAAACACCCAAGGUUGAAGAAACAGUUACAGUCACACAAACAGAAGAAAUUACAGAAGAAAUACAAGAAACACCUGUUCCAGAGAAACCAAAACCAGAAGAAAAACCAACACCAAAACCAGUCAAAGAUGAACAAAAACCCACACCUCUUACAGUUGAGGAGAAACCCACACCCACUCCUGUUGAGGAAAAGCCAACACCUGUUCCUGAACAGCCAGAACCAACAACCAAAACAGAGGAAGACAAAAAGACACCUAAACUUAAACGCAAACCCAAAACAAAGAAGACUGUCACAGAACACACUGAGGAGGUCACAGAGGAGGUGGUUUCAGAAACACCUGAAGUUGACCAAACAGAUAUUACAGUUACACAGGUAGAAGAAAAGACAAUUAAACAUAAACCUAAACCAGAGAAAACUCAAUCGGUACACAUUGAGGAGGUCACUGAAGAGGAAAUUCAGGAAACUCCUAAGACUGACAAAACUGUUAUCACAGAUACACAGACCGAAGAAAUUGAAGAAGAAAUACUUGAAACAGAAACACCUACCCCAGAGAAACCAAAACCAACACCUACUCCUGAACAAAAACCCACACCUGCUCCUACUGCUCCUGAAGAACCAGAGAAAAUAACAAAACCAAAAGAUGAAAAACCAAAACCAAAGCGUAAGCCUGAAAUUAAGGAAAAGAUAGUAGUGACAGAAGAAACAGUUGAAGAGGAAGUGCAGGAGACUCCUAAGAUUGAACAAACAGAGGUCACUGUUACUGAGACUGUUGAAGAAGUCAUAGAAGAAGUAAAACCUGAAGAAAAGCCAAAGCCAAAGAAACCUAAAACAAAGAAGGUAACAGAAGAGGUCAUUACUGAGGAGACACAGAUCACACAGCCACUUGAAGAACAGGAUAUCUCUGAGACAACUAUUAUUGAAGAGGUUAAGGAGGAACCAAAGAAGAAGGUGAAGGUGAAGAAGACCACUACUAAAACCAAACCAAUCCCUCUUGAUGAACCAACAGAAGAAAUACAACCCAUUCAAGAACAGGAUAUCUCUGAGACAACCAUAAUUGAAGAGGUUAAGGAGGAGCCAAAGAAGAAGGUGAAGGUAAAGAAGACCACUACUAAAACCAAACCAAUUACUCUGGAGGAACCAACAGAGGAAAUACAACCCAUUCAAGAACAGGAUAUAUCUGAGACAACCAUAAUUGAAGAGGUUAAGGAGGAGCCAAAGAAGAAGGUGAAGGUAAAGAAGACCACUACUAAAACCAAACCAAUUACUCUUGAUGAACCAACAGAAGAAAUACAACCCAUUCAAGAACAGGAUAUCUCUGAGACAACCAUAAUUGAAGAGGUUAAGGAGGAACCAAAGAAGAAGGUGAAGGUGAAGAAGACCACUACUAAAACCAAACCAAUUACUCUAGAGGAACCAACAGAGGAAAUACAACCCAUUCAAGAACAGGAUAUAUCUGAGACAACUAUUAUUGAAGAGGUUAAGGAGGAACCAAAACAGAAAGUAACUGUAAAGAAGACCACUACAAAAACAAAAACAGUCCCUCUUGAUGAACCAACAGAGGAAAUACAACCCAUUCAAGAACAGGAUAUCUCUGAGACAACCAUAAUUGAAGAGGUUAAGGAAGAGCCAAAGAAGAAGGUAACUGUAAAGAAAACCACUACUAAAACCAAACCAAUUACUCUUGAGGAACCAACAGAGGAAAUACAACCCAUUCAAGAACAGGAUAUAUCUGAGACAACCAUAAUUGAAGAGGUUAAGGAAGAGCCAAAGAAAAAGGUAACUGUAAAGAAAACCACUACUAAAACCAAACCAAUUACUCUAGAGGAACCAACAGAGGAAAUACAACCCAUUCAAGAACAGGAUAUAUCUGAGACAACAAUAAUUGAAGAGGUUAAGGAGGAGCCAAAGAUGAAGGUGAAGGUGAAGAAGACCACUACUAAAACCAAACCAAUUACUCUAGAGGAACCAACAGAGGAAAUACAAGCCAUUCAAGAACAGGAUAUAUCUGAGACAACCAUAAUUGAAGAGGUUAAGGAAGAGCCAAAGAAAAAGGUAACUGUAAAGAAAACCACUACUAAAACCAAACCAAUUACUCUAGAGGAACCAACAGAGGAAAUACAACCCAUUCAAGAACAGGAUAUAUCUGAGACAACCAUAAUUGAAGAGUUUAAGGAGGAGCCAAAGAAGAAGGUGAAGGUGAAGAAGACCACUACUAAAACCAAACCAAUCUCUCUUGAUGAACCAACAGAAGAAAUAGAGACAUUUGAAGAACAGGAUGUCUCUGAGACAACCAUAAUUGAAGAGGUUAAGGAGGAACCAAAGAAGAAGGUAAAGGUGAAGAAGACCACUACUAAAACCAAACCAAUCCCUCUAGAGGAAUCAACAGAAGAAGCAUCUGUGCUAGAACAACCUGUCUUGUCUCCAAAGAAGAUUGAACCUUCUGUGGAGCAUGAUGAGCUGAAGAGGAUCACAACAAAAACAACACAGAUUUUCCAGAAAGAAAUAAUCUCAGAGCAAAAGCCAGAAGAUAUUCAAGAAGUGACUGAAGUAAAGCAGCUUAUUGAAGGAGAACUGGCUGAGGUUUCUGAAAUAUCAGAAAUUAUGGAGAAGGCAAAGUUAGUUCCUCAGCCAACACUUGUAAAAGAAAUAGUACUACCUGAAGAAAAGCCAGAGGAUCUUGAAGAAGUGAUCUCAAAGAUGCAGACAGAAAUGGCAGAGUUUAUACAGGAACCAAAACAUUUGCAGGAGAGUAAAGUCACUAAACCUCUCGUGGUACAGAAGGAGAAAGUGAUUUCAGAACAGCCUGAAGUCACAGAGGAAGUUACCACUAAGUUCAUAACAGAGAAAGCUGAUGUGUCAGAAGAGCCAGAGGUAAUGAAAACCUCAGUAGCUCACAAACCAACUGUGAUUGAAAAGCAGGAGGUAAAGCGAAAGUCAAUCACAAAACGUACAGAGAAGGUUCAGCCUACAGAGAAGGAGGAGAUAACUGAAAUCACUGAGACUGUGAUAGAAGAGACCCCUGAAAAGAAAGUGGUUAAAACUGUUAAGCAAAAAACAAAACCAACAGAGCAGAAGGAGCAGGAAAUCAUUGAAAAGACUGAGAUUGAUGAGGAGCAGACAGAACAGACACAACAGACCACCGUACAAAAACAAAAACCAGAACAGCCGGAGACACAACAGGAGGAACAACAGACCACCACACCACUUCCUCAACUUCCCCUCACAUUACUCAAGGAAACUUCUGAACAAAUACUUGUCCCAGAAGACCAGACAGACAUCCUACAGAUAGCCCCCCAGCCCAUAUCCACUCAGGCUCAGGCCAGCGAGGAGGAGACCAGAGUCACACACAAGGCUGAGGUCACACAGGUGCACACAGAAUUGUGUGUGCCUGGCUUUAAAUCCUUGAUCCACUUGGCUACUGACAACCAGAUAGACCUGGAAACUGUUGAGCUAAAGCCUGUUGAGAAAGCAUCUUUUGCUAAAGACAUUGCAAAAUUAAGUUUUCACCUCAAGAAAGGAGUGCAAGUUAAUGAACUGAUGACGAUGAUCAAGGAGAAUGAAUUUGUGUCCCUGAAGCAGCCACAGAACCAGGCCAAGCUCUUGGAGGUGGCAGAUCGCCUUGGCCAUGCCACUGUCCACAAGGUGUUGGUCCAGGAGGCUGCAGACCGCUGUGAUGAUAAGAUUGGCCUGAAGUCUGUGAUUCGCACCAUUCAGCGAGGCAAGGAGUCCAUGGAACAGGCAAUUAUGGACACUGCCAGGGAGUUUGGGCCAUCCUCUGAACCCGUCAAAGAGAUGGCUGCUGUUGGCUACCUCUUGCAAGAAGGAGUGAAGUGUGAUGAGGUACUCACCCUUGUGGAGUCUGGUCUCUUACCAAACCUGAAGACACCCCAGGCCCAAGUGCCAUUCACAUCCAUGGUGGUUGACAAGGGACAUAUUGGAUCCAUUUGUGAGGUGUUGGUGGAGGAGUGUGUGAAGGAGGUUCGACGGCCAAAGACAAAGGCUGAGGUUGCUCGUAUGACUGAGGUUAAGGAAAUGCUUAAGAAGGCUAAAGCUGAAACAGUGGAUGUGAAGACAUUCACAUCUGAGAUGGUCCCUGGUGUGAAGGCUUAUGUUCGCAUGGCUCAGGAGGAAAGUGUCAGCAUUGAAGAGGUGGUUCAGAAGUCCAAGCUGGAACCCAAAAUGAAGGAAGAGAUGGCCAAGAUUGGCAUGAUGGUGAAGCACGGUGUGAUGGCUCAGGAUGUGCUCACCCUCAUGGAAACUGGCGAAUUCCCUCAGCUCAUGAGAGAGGAGGCUCAGGCAGAGCUCAUGACAGUGGUUGAAGAUUUUGGUUUCCGAGCAAUCAUUAACCAGGUUGUCCUGGAGCAGGUGCAGCAAGCCAUGCAGAAGACUGGCCAGGCUCUGGGAACUAAAUCUUUCAUGCGCAUGAUGGAGAAAGCCAAAGUAAAUAUUGAGGAAAUCCUUACAGAAAAGUUCCCUAAGGAGCUUGUAACAGAUUUACAGGAGCCAGUAUCCAAGGAAAUGGCCAAAGUUAGUGUGAUGCUUAAGGAAGGUGUCCAAACACAAGAGAUCAUGUCUAUGAUAGAGGCUGGGGAACUGCCCAGCUUGAAGCUUCCUGAUGCCCAGAUGCCUCUUGUCAACAUGGUGGGGCAGGAGGGACACACUGCCUUGGUCUGCCAAGUUCUGAUUGAGGACUGUGUCAGUAACAUCAUUCAAGAGCUCCCCAAGGUAGACAAGGCAACCAUCUCAUCUGUAGAGUCCCUCGAGUCGGCCACCGAGACUCAGGUUGAAGUUAAAGCCAAGAAAACGAGGAAAAUCAGGAAGGCGAUUGAAACUACUGAAGAAACAGAGUCUGAGGAUAUAACCAAAAAGCUCAUGCGAACGCCAUCCAGGGAGAGAAGUGAGACUGUUGAAAUGUCACUGGAAGAAGCAACAGUUUUUGAAAAGCCAAAGCCUAAGAAAGAAAAGGCAAAGCAAACUGUUACUGAGGAUGUCAAAGAUUCACUAACUGUUACAGAAAAUCGUCCCGAGGAACAAACAGGUCCAUGGAUACAAGGAGAAAAGAUCCAUUUGAAAAAGUCUAUCAGUAUUACUCCAGAGUUUGUGGCUUCACAGCCACUUCAGGUAACAGACACUGAAGUGGAGGAUACUUGCAUUUCUUUGACAACUGAGAAAGGAAAAGAAGCAAAGGCAACAAUUAAAGAAGACUUGUUGGACUCAAUUACUGUUACUGAAAAGAUUGCAGAGGAACAAUCAACACCAUGGCACAAAGGUGAGAAAGUGCCUUUCAAGACAGAAAACAUCAAACCUAACCUAGUCUCAUCACAGCCACUCACAGUCACAGACACCAAGGUGGAGGACUCCUACUCUAUUCUGAAACCAGAAAAGGGUGAAGAAGUGAAAGCAAGGGUUACUGAAGAUCUAAGAAUGUCUCUAACUGUGACAGAGAACAUUACCCAUGAAGAGCCAACACCAUGGCAAAAGGGAGAGAAGGUUCCCUUCAAAACUCAGAGCAUUAAGCCUGAUUUUGUCUCAUCACAGCCACUCACAGUUAUAGACACCAAGGUGGAAGAUUCAUUCUCAAUUCUGAAGCCAGAAAAGGGUGAAGAGGUGAAGGCAAGAGUUACUGAGGACCUGAGGACUUCUCUGACAGUAACAGAGAACAUUGCCCAUGAGGAGCCAACACCCUGGAAGAGGGGAGAGAAGGUACCCUUCAAAACACAAAGCAUCAAACCAGAUCUGGUCUCAUCACAGCCACUCACAGUCACAGACACCAAGGUGGAAGACUCUUACAGUAUUCUAAAGACAGAGAAGGGUGAAGAAGUAGUAGCUAAGGUUACUGAAGAUCUAAGAACUUCUCUGACAGUAACAGAGAAUGUGGCCCAUGAGGAGCCAACACCCUGGAAAGAAGGUGAGAAGGUGCCCUUCAAGACACAGAGUAUUCAACCAGAUUUUGUCUCAUCACAGCCACUCACAGUGACAGACACCAAGGUGGAAGACUCAUACAGCAUUCUGAAGCCAGACAAGGGUGAAGAGGUGAAGGCAAAGGUUACUGAGGAUCUGAGAACUUCCCUGACUGUGACAGAAAACAUUACCCAUGAACAACCAACUCCAUGGAAAGAAGGUGAGAAGGUGCCCUUCAAAACUCAGAGUAUCAAGCCUGAUUUUGUGUCUUCACAGCCACUCACAGUGACAGACACCAAGGUGGAAGACUCAUACAGUAUUCUAAAGCCAGACAAGGGUGAAGAAGUGACAGCUAAGGUUACUGAAGAUCUAAGAACUUCCCUGACUGUGACAGAGAACAUUACCCAUGAACAGCCAACUCCAUGGAAAGAAGGUGAGAAGGUGCCCUUCAAAACUCAGAGUAUCAAGCCUGAUUUUGUGUCUUCACAGCCACUCACAGUCACAGACACCAAGGUGGAAGACUCAUACUCUAUUCUGAAAACAGAGAAAGGUGAAGAGGUGCAAGCUAAGGUUACUGAGGAUCUAAGAACUUCUCUGACAGUAACAGAGAACAUUGCCCAUGAGGAGCCAACACCCUGGCGCAAAGGUGAAAAGGUUCCGUUCAAGACACAUAACAUUCAGCCUGAUUUUGUCUCAUCACAACCACUCACAGUGACGGACACCAAGGUGGAGGACUCCUACUCUAUUCUGAAGCCAGACAAGGGUGAAGAGGUAAAGGCACGAGUUACUGAGGAUCUAAGAACUUCUCUGACUGUGACAGAGAACAUUUCCCAUGAAGAGCCAACACCAUGGAAAGAGGGAGAGAAGGUGCCCUUCAAAACUCAGAGCAUCAAGCCUGAUUUUGUGUCAUCACAGCCACUCACAGUUACAGACACUAAGGUGGAAGACUCAUAUAGUAUUUUGAAGACAGAGAAAGGUGAAGAAAUGACAGCUAAGGUUACUGAAGAUCUGAGGUCUUCACUCACCAUAACAGAAAAUAUUGCCCAUGAGGAGCCAACACCCUGGAAAGAAGGUGAAAAGGUGCCCUUCAAGACACAGAGUAUUCAACCAGAUUUUGUCUCAUCACAGCCACUCACAGUGACAGACACCAAGGUGGAAGACUCAUACAGCAUUCUGAAGCCAGACAAGGGUGAAGAGGUGAAGGCAAAGGUUACUGAGGAUCUGAGAACUUCCCUGACUGUGACAGAAAACAUUACCCAUGAACAACCAACUCCAUGGAAAGAAGGUGAGAAGGUGCCCUUCAAAACUCAGAGUAUCAAGCCUGAUUUUGUGUCUUCACAGCCACUCACAGUCACAGACACUAAGGUGGAAGACUCAUACAGUAUACUGAAGCCAGAAAAGGCUGAAGAGGUGAAGGCAAAGGUUACUGAGGAUCUGAGAACUUCUCUGACUGUGACAGAGAACAUUGCACAAGAGGAGCCUACUCCAUGGAAGGAGGGAGAGAAGGUGCCCUUCAAGACACGAACCAUUCAACCUGACUUUGUGUCAUCACAGCCACUCACAGUCACAGACACUAAAGUGGAAGAUUCAUAUGCUAUUCUAAAAACAGAGAAAGGUGAAGAAGUAAAGGCAAAGGUCACUGAAGAUCUUCGAGCUUCUCUCACUGUGACUGAGAAUAUUGCACAAGAAGAGCCAGCUCCUUGGCGUGAAGGUCACAAAGUGCCCUUCAAAACACAGACCAUCAAACCAAAUGUGGUUCCCUCUUUGUCUUUACAGGUCACAGAUACAAACUUAGCAGAUUCUUGUGGAACCUUCCAAGAGGAUGAAACUGAAAAGGUCCAAGCAAAUGUCACAGAAGACUUACAGGAUUCCCUUGUGAUAACUGAGAGGCUUCCAGAAGAGCAGCCAGCACCUCUGAAGCGACCUGCAAGGGCAACUGCAGACUGUGCUGAAGAACAAGUCAUUGUUAUGGAACAUGACUCCUUCUCAGUCUCAGAGGUUUACUUGAAGGAAGGAAGUACUCAGUUUGAGCCUGAAAAGAUACAUACUCAGGAGGCUGUUGGCAGAGUUGAGCCUCUACAAGCCAUAACAACACUUGACCACAGGACCGAAGAAUCUACAGCUGAUUUAUCAGAUUUCUUGAAAACUACACAUAAAGCCAAGCUCUUAGGCCAAGAUGCUCAGCACACAUUGGAGGUUACUGAACAAAUGGCUCAUGAGACCAUUGAAGAGCUUAAGAAAGCAGAUAGAAAGUAUCAGAACCUGAAGUGUGGUGUUGAGGGGCAAAGUGUUGCACUCACAGAAGAGGUGUUGGUCCAUGAUGCAGAGGAUCAGUACCAGUCAAAGGCUCCAAAGUCAGCAGUCACUAAACAGACAACUGUUAGGAAAGAAGCAGAAGCAGUAAUGAUUGCUGAGACAAAGCCAGAGGAAGGCACAAAACCAUGGGAAAAAGUGAGCGAAACCUUUGAAAAAGCCAAGCCACAUGUACAAGAGCACAGGCACAUUCAUGUGUCUGAGACCUUCAAGGCUGAUAAAGAAGAUGUUUUCACUCAGCCAACUGCUUUGCAACAACAAGGAAAGCUAUCACAGGAGCAACCCCUGCAGCCGCUAACUGUUCAUGGCCAUGAUGUGCAGGAAGAUGCCGCCACCUGGAAGUCUCACAUUGAUCAAGAGCAAACUGCCAGAACCUCCAUGAUGGAGAGCAUGCCACUUAGCAUCCUUGAGACUCAGCAGCAUGAUACAUAUAAAGAAUACAAAUCAGACAAACUAGUAAUGGUUCAUGCAACUCAGACUGAUGACAAGAGAGAAGCACUUGCUGUGUCUGAAGUGAAGGCAGAGUCUCCCAUACGUGAGUUGACUAAGCCAAAAUUGACAGAAGAACGUGCUGAAGUUAUUCACUCUAAGAACACUUCUAUUGUUAUUUCAUCUUCACAAGUCCAAGAAAGUGAAGCUCCUCUGAAGAUCAAGCGACCCAAGGAGGAGUUUGCUGAGGGAAUAGACAUGAAUACUUUCCAUCCAAUUGCAGUUUCAGACACAGAAGUUCAGCUGCCAGUUGAUGAACUAAGUAAGCCAGAGCUUCUUACUAGUAAAGCUAAAUCUAGUUUUAUUCCACAAAAGGCUCUUGAAAUUCUAGAGUCUCAAACUCAUCAGAAAGAGAAGGACUUCCAGCCUGCUAAGACAGCAGAUGUAAAGUUGGAAGGAACAUUGGAAUGUAGUGAAUACUCCGUUGAAGUUAAAGAAGUUAAGGCUCAGUCCCCACUCAGGGACUUGAAAGAAAGCAAACCUUCCUCAGACAUGGCCAGUGCCUCAAUUAUCCCACAGAAGUCUGUACGAGUCUCUGAAGUUUCAGUCAACUUCAAAGAGGAAGAAUUCAAAGAAAUUCCAAGAUUCUCUCAUGUUGCAAGUCUAGAGCAACUCCCAGGUCAUGAAGCCUUACACAUAACACAGAGCACAAUUCAAGACAGCACACAAGAUUUCAUACCUGAAGCACCUCUGGAAGAGAUUGCUUCAAUUGACUUGAGGGGCUAUCAUGCCACAGCUGUAACUGAAAUUGAGACUGCACAGGUGGAGGAAGACUACAGUCCAGACAAGCUGCCAUUGAUCACUGCCAAGACUGAUAUGGUAGAGGGCAUGCCAUCUGCUGUCAUUCAGGAGGUCUGUGCUGCCUCAUCUGUCAAAGACUUGCCUGUUCCAGAAAAGCCUCAGUCCAGAGAAGCAACAACAGGAUUUGAGGAAAAGAAGGCAGUGUCAAUACAGGAGACAGAUACUCAUGAGAAGGAAAGUGUAUUUACCGAAUCAAAACCUACUCCAUUGCAGCUCAAGUCAAAAAUAAAUGGAGGACUGGAACCACUUCUUGUGACAGAGAUAGAGAGUGAAGAGGCAAUUGGAAAGAUGCUGGAGAAGCCUGCACCUGCUAUGGAGAAUGCUAAGGUAGAGCUUACACAGGCAACAAAAGUGGCUCUAUCAUCUGGCAUUGUAACGAAUGAACGAGAAGGAGUGUACAAAGAAGAAAAGCCUGAAGCUCAACUGGCAGAAGGCAGUAUCAGUACAGGAGAAGCCGUCACUGUCUCAGAAGUCCAGCCACAUUCUUCUACAGCAGAAUUUAUACCUGCUCCCAAGCCUAAGACUGAAGAAGGAACAGGUUCACUGGUUUCCACAAGAACUGCCACUGUAUCAGAAGUCAUACUGCAUGAAAGGGAAGGAAUACAUGAACCUAGUAAACUCCCCACAGUGUCCCUUGCAAGCCAAACAGAAGCACCAAACAUUCCAUUGGUUGUGCAGGAAACAUGCAUAGCUUCCAGUGUGUCAGAGUUGGCAGCAGACAAAGUUCAGCCCUCAGAAUCUGCAUCAGUGUCCCUCUUUGCCCACAAGAUUGCCUCAUCUUGUGAUGUGGGAAUCAAUGAAAAGGAAGGUAUCUAUGUACAAGAAAAACCAGUAGAAGAUCUUGCUAAAGUGGAGUUUGAAAGUGCAAAGGCACCUCUCCAAAUUAGUGAAACACGAUCUGAGUCUCCCAUAAAAGACCUUCAAGAACAGAAACCAGUUGAGUCGCAAGUCAAGCCAUUCUUCAUCCCUCAAACAGCUGUGUCUGUAAUUGAGACAGAAACCAAGGAUAAGGAAGGAAUACUCGAACUAGAAAAACCAGGAACUGUCUCAUUGCAAUCUGAUAUGAUACAGCCACUGCAACCUCUCACUGUAUCUGAGGUAACAGCAGACUCAAGCACACACACUCUCACCUUGGAAGAAUUGAAGGAAGAGCAAGCCAACCCCAGCCAUGAGCUUCACAGUGCUGCCUCAAUUAGUGAAGCCAUGGUGCAUCACAAAGAAGAAGAGUAUGAAGGGGAGAAGACAAUUUCCAUUGUUCCCAAGGAGUUCCAGACACCUGGGUUCUGGUCUUUGCUCAUUACAGAGACACAAACCGAAGAUCCCAUUACUAAACGCUUUGAAAGGCAAGCGCCAAGAAGCAGAGCCAGACCUGAUGUUAUUCCUCAGGAUACAGUUCAAGUGCAAGAAGUUCAAAUACAUGAAUCUGAAAACACCUUUGAUACUGUUGCCCCAGAACCAUCGAAAAUUAAAGCAGCCGCUCGAGUGUCUGGUCACGUUGUGGCAAUCUCUACUAAUGUUGAACCUGAAGACAGCCUACAGAAAUUGGCUGAUAGUGAAGUGAUUGAGAAGAAAACUGCAACCCUCACUCUGAACACACAGCAAGCCACAGAGGUGUUGCAACAUGACGUUAGUGAAGCUGGAAACAUCUUGUCUGAAAAGAAAGAGGAAGGUAAAACAGCUGUUCCAAGUGUCGAAGAAAUGCAGUCAGUGUCAGUGUCAGAAAUUAGUUCAGAAAUAAAGGAAGAAUCUUAUGUUAGUGAAAAACCGUUUGUACACAAUGUAAAAGCCAAACCAGUGAUCACUCCCAUGCAUUUGGCCAACGUUGUCCAUCCCGAGGUUGGUGAACAGGAGGGUAGUGUUUCUACACUAGAUGUUUCAGGUACCACUCACGCUAAACUUAAUUUCACACCGCACAUUUCUACACAAGUCACUCAACAACAUCCUGACAUACUUCCAGGCAUAAUAAAACCUGAACAACACAUUCUGGCUACAGGUAAGAUUGUACUGGAACAGGCUACACAUGUCUCAGGAUCUCAGGAAGUUGUCGUUGAAACUGUGACAGAAGAAAAGGCUAUUAAGCUGCCAAAAGCAGAAACAGCUAAAUCGGUAUUACCUGAACAGGAGUCCAUUUCAAUUGAAGAAGUAUCAGUUAAGGAAGCCCCUGGAUCUGUGGAUGAAUCAAGACCAAAGAGAGUUACAGCUACAUCAGUUAUUGCUCCUCUUGAGUCCCUAACCAUUCAAGAAGUAUCAAUCAAGGAAGCGCCUGGAGAUAUCAAGGAAGCUAAGCCUAAAACUGAGCAGGCAAUAUCUGUAUUUUCUCCUCAAGAAUCUAUUUCUGUUCACGAAGUUUCUGUUAAGGAGACUUCAGGCUCAAUGAAAGACUUGAAACCCAAGACUGAACAGGCUACCUCGAUAUUCUCAACUCUUGAAUCUUUCUCAGUUCAAGAAGUUGCAGUUAAGGAAGCACCACAGGAUAUAUCUGAAAAGAAGCCUAAGUCAGAGGUGGCUACAUCAAUUCUUUCACAGUAUGAAUCGAUUUUUGUUCAAGAGGUAUCAGUGAAGGAAGCACCCGGCACCAUGAUGGAUGCCAAGCCCAAGGAGGAGCAGGCUGUAUCAGUUAUAGCACCACUUGAGUCAAUUACUGUACAAGAAAUUUCAGUAAAAGAAGAACCAUCUGAUAUUUCUGAAAAGAAACCAAAGACAGACAAAGCAAUUUCUAUCUUAUCUGAACAAGAGCCCAUCUUUGUACAAGAGGUCACAGUGAAGGAAUCUCAUGGUGAUAUGAAGGACAGGAAGCCAAAGACAGAACAGGCCACUUCCAUUGUUUCUCCCCAUGAAUCCAUCACUGUACAAGAGGUCACAGUCAAGGAAACUUCUAGAGACAUUAGUGAGAAGAAACCCAAGUCUGAGAAGGCAACAUCUAUCUUCUCAGAACAGGAAUCCAUCUCUGUUGCUGAGGUGUCAGUAAAGGAGGCUCCUGGAACCAUGAAGGAUGCCAAGCCCAAGACUGAACAAGCCACUUUGGGCAUUGCUCCACACGAAUCAGUCACAGUGGAGGAAGUGUCCAUCAAGGAAGCUCCCUCUGACUUCAGUGAACGUAAACCCAAAAAGGAACAGGCUACUUCUAUUUUCUCUCAACAGGAGUCCAUUUCUGUUCAGGAAGUAUCAGUCAAAGAGGCUCCAGGCACCAUGGAGCAAGCCAAGCCCAAGACAGAACAAGCCACUUCCAUCAUUUCUCCUCACGAAUCUAUCACUGUACAAGAGGUCACCGUGAAGGAAACUUCUGGAGAUAUAUCUGAAAAGAAACCAAAGACAGAUAAAGCGACUUCUAUCUUAUCUGAACAAGAGCCCAUCUUUGUACAAGAGGUCACAGUGAAGGAAUCUCAUGGUGAUAUGAAGGACAGGAAGCCAAAAACAGAACAGGCCACUUCUAUUGUUUCUCCUCAUGAAUCCAUCACUGUACAAGAGGUCACAGUCAAGGAAACUUCAGGGGACAUUGCAGAGAAGAAGCCUAAAACAGACAAAGCAACUUCCAUUCUGUCUGAACAGGAAUCAAUUUCUGUACAAGAGGUCACAGUGAAGGAAUCUCAUGGUGACAUGAAGGACAGAAAGCCAAAGACAGAACAGGCCACUUCCAUUGUUUCUCCCCAUGAAUCCAUCACUGUACAAGAGGUCACAGUCAAGGAAACUUCUGGAGACAUUAGCGAGAAGAAACCCAAGUCUGAGAAGGCAACAUCUAUCUUCUCAGAACAGGAAUCCAUUUCUGUUGCUGAGGUGUCAGUAAAGGAGGCUCCUGGAACCAUGAAGGAUGCCAAGCCCAAGACUGAACAAGCCACUUUGGGUAUUGCUCCACACGAAUCAGUCACAGUGGAGGAAGUGUCCAUCAAGGAAGCUCCCUCUGACUUCAGUGAAUGUAAACCCAAAAAGCAACAGGCUACUUCAAUUUUGUCAGAACAAGAAUCCAUUUUUGUUCAGGAAGUAUCAGUCAAAGAGGCUCCAGGCACCAUGGAGCAAGCCAAGCCAAAGACAGAACAAGCCACUUCCAUCAUUUCUCCUCACGAAUCCAUCACUGUACAAGAGGUCACCGUGAAGGAAACUUCUGGAGACAUUAGUGAGAAGAAACCAAAGACAGACAAAGCAACUUCUAUCUUAUCUGAACAAGAGCCCAUCUUUGUACAAGAGGUCACGGUGAAGGAAUCUCAUGGUGAUAUGAAGGACAGGAAGCCAAAAACAGAACAGGCCACUUCUAUUGUUUCUCCUCAUGAAUCCAUCACUGUACAAGAGGUCACAGUCAAGGAAACUUCAGGGGACAUUGCAGAGAAGAAGCCUAAAACAGACAAGGCAACUUCCAUUCUGUCUGAACAAGAGCCCAUAUUUGUACAAGAGGUCACAGUGAAGGAAUCUCAUGGUGACAUGAAAGACAGGAAGCCCAAGACAGAACAGGCUACUUCCAUUGUUUCUCCUCAUGAAUCCAUCACUGUACAAGAGGUCACCGUGAAGGAAACAUCUGGAGACAUAUCUGAAAAGAAACCAAAGACAGACAAAGCCACCUCCGUUUUAUCUGAACAAGAGUCCAUCUUUGUACAAGAGGUCACAGUCAAGGAGGCUCAUGGUGAUGUCAAAGACAGCCAGCCAAAGACUGAACAAGCCAUUUCAAUCAUUUCUCCUCAUGUAUCAGUGACUGUACAAGAAGUUACUGUCAAAGAAACUCCUGGAGAGGUUGCUGAGAGAAAACCAAAGAAAGAGAAGGCAACUUCCAUUCUGUCUGAACAGGAAUCAAUUUCUGUACAAGAGGUCACAGUGAAGGAAUCUCAUGGUGACAUGAAGGACAGGAAGCCCAAGACAGAACAGGCCACUUCCAUUGUUUCUCCCCAUGAAUCCAUCACUGUACAAGAGGUCACAGUCAAGGAAACUUCUGGAGACAUUAGUGAGAAGAAACCCAAGUCUGAGAAGGCAACAUCUAUCUUCUCAGAACAAGAAUCCAUUUCUGUUGCUGAGGUGUCAGUAAAGGAGGCUCCUGGAACCAUGGAGCAAGCCAAGCCCAAGACUGAACAAGCCACUUCCAUUAUUUCUCCUCAUGAAUCCAUCACUGUACAAGAGGUCACUGUGAAGGAAAGCUCAGGAGAUAUAUCUGAAAAGAAACCAAAGACAGACAAAGCAACUUCUAUUCUGUCUGAACAAGAGUCAAUCACUGUACAAGAGGUGACAGUAAAGGAGGCUCAUGGUGACAUAGAAGAGGCCAAACCAAAGACAGAGCAAGCAACAUCAAUUAUUGCUCCUCAUGUAUCUGUUAACGUACAAGAAGUUACAGUUAAGGAAACCUCAGGAGAGGUUGUUGAUAAGAAACCAAAGACAGACAAGGCAACUUCCAUUCUGUCUGAACAGGAAUCAAUUUCUGUACAAGAGGUCACAGUGAAGGAAUCUCAUGGUGACAUGAAGGACAGGAAGCCAAAGACAGAACAGGCCACUUCCAUUGUUUCUCCCCAUGAAUCCAUCACUGUACAAGAGGUCACAGUCAAGGAAACUUCUGGAGACAUUAGCGAGAAGAAACCAAAGGAGGAGACAGCAGAAUCUAUCCUUUCAGAACAGGAAUCAAUUUCUGUCCAAGAAAUUUUGGUCAAGGAAGCUCCAUCCAAUCUGGCUGACCAGAAGCUGAAAACUGAAAAGGCAACUUCUAUUUGGUCUGAACAAGAAUCUAUUUCGGUUCAGGAGGUAUCUGUCAAAGAAGCUCCUGGUACAGUGAAGGAGAAAAAGCCCAAGACUGAGCAAGCCACAUCAAUUCUGUCAGAACAGGAAUCAAUCUCUGUGGAGGAGGUAUCUGUAAAGGAAGCACCUGGCUCACUGAAAGAUCUGAAGCUCACCACUGAGCAAGCCACCACUUCCAUAGCACCUCAUGAAUCAGUUACUGUGGAGGAGGUUACUGUCAAGGAGGAGCCAGAAGAAAUCAAAGACAAGAAGCCCAAGACAGAGAAGGCUACAUCAAUAUGGUCUGAACAAGAGUCUAUUGCUGUCCAGGAGGUCUCAGUGAAAGAAGCUCCUGAAGACAUUGCUGACCAUAAGCCAAAGACAGAAAAGGCAACUUCCAUUUGGUCUGAACAAAAGUCAAUAUCUGUACAGGAGGUGUCAGUAAAGGAGGCUCCUGGUGAAGUAAAGGAUAUCAAGCCCAAGACUGAGCAAGCCACUUCAAUCAUCUCCCCACACGAAUCACUCACAGUGGAGGAAGUGUCCAUCAAGGAAGCUCCUUCUGACUUCAGUGAACGUAAACCUAAAAAGGAACAAGCAACUUCAAUCUUGUCAGAGCAGGAGUCCAUUUCUGUUCAGGAAGUAUCAGUCAAGGAAGCUCCUGGCACCAUGGAGCAAGCCAAGCCAAAGACAGAACAAGCCACUUCCAUCAUUUCUCCUCAUGAAUCCAUCACUGUACAAGAGGUCACUGUGAAGGAAAGCUCUGGAGACAUUAGUGAGAAGAAACCAAAGACAGACAAAGCAACCUCUAUUCUGUCUGAACAAGAGUCCAUCUCUGUACAAGAGGUGACAGUCAAGGAGGCUCAUGGUGACAUAGAAGAGGCCAAGCCAAAAACAGAGCAAGCCACUUCCAUCAUAUCUCCUCAUGAAUCUCUAAAUGUAGAAGAAGUUACAGUUAAAGAAACUCCUGGUGAUUUUGAUGACACUAAACCCAAAACAGAACAAGCCAUGUCCAAAAUUUCUCCUUUCGAGUCUCUUACUGUACACGAGGUUACAGUCAAGGAGACUUCUGGAGACAUUACAGAAAAGAAACCCCAAACAGAAAAAGCUACAUCCAUUCUCUCAGAACAAGAAUCCAUAUCUGUACACCAGGUAUCAGUUAAAGAAUCUCACGGUGACAUGAAGGACAGAAAAACCAAGACUGAACAGGCCACAUUCACUGUCUCUCCACAUGAGUCUCUCACAAUUCAGGAGGUUACAGCUAAAGAAACCUUUGCAGACAUCACUGAACAUAAACCCAAAUCAGACAAAGCUACAUCUAUCUUAUCUGAACAAGAAUCAAUUUCUAUUGCAGAGGUGUCAGUAAAGGAGGCUCCUGCAACUAUGAAGGAUGCCAAACCCAAGACUGAACAGGCUAUCUCAGUAAUUACCCCUCAUGAGUCUCUUUCAGUGCAGGUAGUAUCAGUCAAAGAAUCUCCUUCUGAAUUGAGUGAGCAUAAACCUAAGUCAGAGAAAGCUACUUCCAUUUGGUCAGAGCAGGAGUCUAUUUCUGUUCAGGAGGUAUCAGUCAAGGAAGCUCCAGGUACCAUGGAGCAAGCCAAGCCCAGGACAGAACAGGCCACUUCCAUCAUUUCUCCUCUUGAAUCCAUCACUGUACAAGAGGUUACAGUGAAGGAAACUUCAGGAGACAUUAGCGAAAAGAAACCCAAGUCUGAGAAGGCAACAUCUAUCUUCUCAGAACAGGAAUCCAUUUCUGUUGCUGAGGUGUCAGUAAAGGAGGCUCCUGGAACCAUGGAGCAAGCCAAGCCCAAGACUGAACAAGCCACUUCAGUCAUCUCUCCACAUGAAUCAGUCACAGUGGAGGAAGUGUCCAUCAAGGAAGCUCCCUCUGAUUUCAGUGAGUAUAAACCUAAAACAGAACAGGCUACUUCUAUUUUCUCUCAACAGGAGUCCAUUUCUGUUCAGGAAGUAUCAGUCAAGGAGGCUCCAGGUACCAUGGAGCAAGCCAAGCCCAAGACAGAACAAGCCACUUCCAUCAUUUCUCCUCAUGAAUCCAUCACUGUACAAGAGGUCACCGUGAAGGAAACUUCAGGAGACAUUAGUGAGAAGAAACCAAAGACAGACAAAGCAACUUCUAUUCUCUCUGAACAAGAGUCCAUCACUGUUGAAGAAGUUUCAGUUAAAGAAGCUCCUGGUGACAUGAAGGACAGGAAGCCAAAGACAGAACAGGCCACUUCCAUUGUUUCUCCCCAUGAAUCCAUCACUGUACAAGAGGUCACAGUCAAGGAAACUUCUGGAGACAUUAGCGAGAAGAAACCAAAGGAGGAGACAGCAAUAUCUAUCCUUUCAGAACAGGAAUCAAUUUCUGUCCAAGAAAUUUUGGUCAAGGAAGCUCCAUUCGAUCUGGCUGACCAGAAGCUGAAAACUGAAAAGGCAACUUCUCUCUGGUCUGAACAGGAAUCUGUUUCAGUUCAGGAAGUAUCUGUCAAAGAAGCUCCUGGUACAGUGAAGGAGGAUAAGCCCAAGACUGAGCAAGCCACAUCAAUUCUGUCAGAACAGGAAUCAAUCUCUGUGGAGGAGGUAUCUGUAAAGGAAGCACCUGGCUCACUGAAAGAUCUGAAGCUCACCACUGAGCAAGCCACCACUUCCAUAGCACCUCAUGAAUCAGUUACUGUGGAGGAGGUUACUGUCAAGGAGGAGCCAGAAGAAAUCAAAGACAAGAAGCCCAAGACAGAGAAGGCUACAUCAAUAUGGUCUGAACAAGAGUCUAUUGCUGUCCAGGAGGUCUCAGUGAAAGAAGCUCCUGAAGACAUUGCUGACCAUAAGCCAAAGACAGAAAAGGCCAUACCAACUGUAUCUCCUCAUGAACCAUUAUCCAUUGAGGAAGUUUCAGUAAAAGAUGCUCCUGAAGACCUUCCAGAUAAAAAACCAAAGUCUGAACAGGCUGUGUCAGUGUUCCCUGAACAGGAAUCUAUUUCUGUUGAAGAAGUUUUGGUAAAGGGCAUUUCAGGAACAUUAGAGGACCUCAAGCUGCAGAUAGAGAAAGCUACCUCAAUGUUUGCACCUCACCAAUCAGUCACCAUUGAAGAAGUGGCAGUGAAGGAAUCACAUGAAGAUAUAGAAGAAAAGAAACCAAAGACAGAAAAAGCCAGGUCAAUCUGGUCACCACGAGACUCUAUAUCUGUUGAAGAAAUUAAUGUCAAGGAAUUACCUGGAGACAUCAAAGAACAAAAACCAAAAACAGAGACAGCAAAACCAAUUGUCAGUCCACAGGAAUCAUUCUCAGUGAGUGAGGUACAAGUUGAAGACCAAACACAAGAAAUGCCUACUCCAAAACAAAAGGAAGAAACUGCAGUUGUUACCAUUCCACGACGAAAAGAUUCCCUGCAAGUAUUUGAAAUAUCUACAGAACUUGCCCCAGAUUCAUUCACAGAAGCUAAAGCUAAGGAAGACACAGCUAAGGUGACAGUGACAGAGGAGCUUCUUCGAGCUGACCAGGAAGAUGUCAUAGUGCUAAAGGGUCCAUCAAAGGAAAAGAAGAUUGUACAAGUGGUUGAGGAAGAUGAGGUAGAUAAGAAGGAAAAGAUAGAGGAAGAAGUCAUAAUUAAAGAAGCUGAGGAGGAAGUUAUAGAAGUGAUUGAACCCAAAAAGGUUACUGAAGAGAUUAGUGAAGAAAUUACAAUUAAGAAGAAACCAAAGAAGAAGAAGCCAGAAGAGGUGGAAGAAGUGAAGGAGGAAGUUGUUAAACUAAAACCCAAGAAGAAGAAGGAACCUGAAGAAGUUAAAGAAGAACCACAAGAACAGGUGGUUGAAGAGAUCAGUGAAGAGGUUCAGAUAAAGUUGAAACCCAAGAAGAAGAAGUCCAUUGUUGAGGAAGUUAUAUCAGAGGAGACUAUCACAGUGGAGGAAGUUAAGGAGAAGUCUCCAGAACAAGAAGAAACUGUGGUCCUCAAGAAGCCAAAGAAAAAGGCUCCCAAAAAGGAAGAGCCAGAAGAGGAGGUCAUCAUUAAGAAGGCUGAGGAAGAGGUGAUAGAAAUUAUUGAACCCAAGAAGGUCACCGAAGAAAUUACCGAGGAAGUGACAAUCAUGAAGAAACCCAAGAAGAAGAAGUCCAUUGUGGAGGAAGUUAUUUCAGAGGAGAUUGUCACUGUGAAGGAGGAGGAAGUUAAGGAGAAGUCGCCAGAACAAGAGGAAACUGUGGUCAUCAAAAAGAAGCCCAAGAAGAAGAAGGAACCUGAGGAAGAGAUUUCACAAGAGGUAACUAUAAAGAAGCCUAAGAAGAAGAAGCUUGAGGAGCCUAAGGAAGCAGUUGUUGAGGAGGUUACUGAAGAAGUAACAAUAAAGAAGAAGCCAAAGAAGAAGCCUGAGCCAGAGAAGGAAGAGGUUACUGAAGAAGUGAUUGUAAAGAAGAGGCCAAAAGAGGAGGAAGAAGUGAAAAUGGAAGUUAUAGAGGAGACUGUCACUGUAGAGGAAGUUAAGGAGAAGUCUCCAGAACAAGAAGAAACUGUGGUCCUCAAGAAGCCAAAGAAGAAGGCUCCUAAAAAGGAAGAACCAGAGGAGGAGGUCAUAAUUAAGAAGGCUGAGGAAGAGGUGAUAGAAAUUAUUGAGCCCAAGAAGGUCACCGAAGAGAUUAGCGAGGAAGUGACAAUCAUGAAGAAACCAAAGAAAAAGAAGCCUGAAGAGCCAGAAGAAGUGAAAGAAGAAGUUGUCAAGCUGAAGCCCAAGAAAAAGAAGAAGGAGCCUGAGGAAGUUGUAGAGGAGGUGACACUGCACAAAGAAGAACCAGAAGAACAGGUGGUUGAGGAGAUCAGUGAAGAGGUUCAGAUAAAGUUGAAACCCAAGAAGAAGAAGUCCAUUGUUGAGGAAGUUAUAUCAGAGGAGACUGUCACAGUGGAGGAAGUUAAGGAGAAGUCUCCAGAACAAGAAGAAACUGUGGUCCUCAAAAAGCCAAAGAAAAAGGCUCCCAAAAAGGAAGAGCCAGAAGAGGAGGUCAUCAUUAAGAAGGCUGAGGAAGAGGUGAUAGAAAUUAUUGAGCCCAAGAAGGUCACCGAAGAAAUUACCGAGGAAGUGACAAUCAUGAAGAAACCCAAGAAGAAGAAGUCCAUUGUGGAGGAAGUUAUUUCAGAGGAGACUGUCACUGUGAAGGAGGAGGAAGUUAAGGAGAAGUCGCCAGAACAAGAGGAAACUGUGGUCAUCAAAAAGAAGCCCAAGAAGAAGAAGGAACCUGAGGAAGAGAUCUCACAAGAGGUAACUAUAAAGAAGCCGAAGAAGAAGAAGCUUGAGGAGCCUAAGGAAGCAGUUGUUGAGGAGGUUACUGAAGAAGUAACAAUAAAGAAGAAGCCAAAGAAGAAGCCUGAGCCAGAGAAGGAAGAGGUUACUGAAGAAGUGGUCAUUAAAAAGAAACCAGAUGAACCAGAAGAAGUGACAGAAGAAGUUAUCAAAUUGAAACCAAAGAAGAAGAAGAAGGAGCCUGAGGAAGUUGCUGAGGAAGUAAUAAUACGCAAGGAGGAACCAGAAGAACAGGUGGUUGAGGAAAUCAGUGAAGAGGUUCAGAUCAAGUUGAAACCCAAGAAGAAGUCUAUUGUUGAGGAAGUUAUUUCAGAGGAGACUGUCACAGUGAAGGAGGAGGAAGUUAAGGAGAAGUCUCCAGAACAAGAGGAAACUGUGGUCUUGAAGAAGCCCAAGAAAAAGAUUCCCAAAAAGGAAGAACCAGAGGAAGAGGUUGUACUUAAGAAGCCUGAGGAGCCUAAGGAAGAAAAGGAGGAGCCCACAGAGCAAAUUACACUUAAGAAACCAAAGAAGAAGAAGUCUGAAGAAGUUGCUGAGGAGGUAACAAUACGCAAGGAGGAACCAGAGGAGCAAGUGAUUGAGGAGAUCAGUGAAGAGGUUCAGAUCAAACUGAAACCGAAAAAGAAGAAGUCCAUUGUGGAGGAAGUUAUUUCAGAGGAGACUGUCACUGUGAAAGAGGAGGAAGUUAAGGAGAAGUCUCCAGAACAAGAGGAAACUGUGGUCAUCAAAAAGAAGCCCAAGAAGAAGAAGGAACCUGAGGAAGAGAUUUCACAAGAGGUAACUAUAAAGAAGCCUAAGAAGAAGAAGCUUGAGGAGCCUAAGGAAGCUGUUGUUGAGGAGGUUACUGAAGAAGUAACAAUAAAGAAGAAGCCAAAGAAGAAGCCUGAGCCAGAGAAGGAAGAGGUUACUGAAGAAGUGGUCAUUAAGAAAAAGCCAGAAGAACCAGAAGAAGUGACAGAAGAAGUUAUCAAAUUGAAACCAAAGAAGAAGAAGGAAGAGGUAGUUGAGGAAGUCACAGAGGAAGUAACAAUACGUAGAGAAGAACCAGAGGAACAGGUGGUUGAGGAAAUCAGUGAAGAGGUUCAGAUCAAGUUGAAACCAAAGAAGAAGAAAUCCAUUGUCACUGAGGAAGUUGUAUCAGAAGAGACUGUAAUAGUGAAGAAAGAUGAAGUUGAGGAGAAAUCUCCAGAGCCAGAAGAAACAGUUGUUAUAAAGAAGAAGCCCAAGAAGAAGAUUUCCAAAAAGGAGGAAACUGUAGAAGAAGAAGUUAUUAUCAAGAGGCCUGAAGAACCCAAAGAUGAGAAAGAGGAGCCCACAGAACAAAUCACUAUCAAGAAACCCAAGAAGAAGAAGCCAGAGGAACCUAAGGAAGAGGUGACAGAAGUGACCAUCAAGGAGAAAUCACCUGAACCAACAGUACAAGAGGAAGUGACAGAACAGGUUAGCAUUAAGAUGAAACCAAAGAAGAAGAAGCCAAUUGUGGUUGAAGAAGAGGUUGAAGAAGCAUUCACAUUGAGAAAGCCAAGGGAAGAAGAAGAACAGCCAGAAGAAGAAGCACCUAGCCAAGUAAGUGAAACUGUCACUCUCAAGAAGCCAAAGCCAAAGCCAAAGGAAAGGCAUGAGAUUUCAGAGGAAGUGGAGAUAAAGAUUAAACCAGCAGAAGACUUCAAGAGGGAGGAAACAACUGAAGAGGUGCAAAUUAAGAUGAAGAGGCCAAAGAAGAAAUAUUCUGUUGUGGAAGAAACCUUUGACUCAGAAAUGACACUCCCAGCUGAAGAGGAACCUGAACCUGGUGUUAUCAUUGAAGAAAUAGAUGAACUAACUGUGAUCAAGAAGGUGUUUAAAGAUGGGGUUGAAGUGCCUGAGGAGGAAACUAUCAAGAUUAAGAAGAAGAAGCCAAAGAAGGUGACUGAAGAGGGUGAGGAGAAGGUUACUAUCAAGAAGAAGGUAACCAAAGAACCAGAGGAAGAGCCCAAGUCACCAGAGGAGGUCCAAGAAGUGUUCCAAAUCAAGCGUCCCAAGAAGAAGAAGCCGGCGUACAAGGUAGAGGAAGAGGAGGAGGAGGAGACGGGUGUGACCAUUACAAGGAGGCCCGAGCCUGUUGAGGAAGAAGAGGUGGUCUCAGAAGUCUUCAAGAUCAAACCCAAGAGGCCAAAGGAAGAGGAAGAACCAAGUGACGAGGGUGAAACUCAGUUUACAUUUGACCUCACAAAGAAAAGGUAUGAGAAGCAUGAGGUGGAGGAAAUUGAAACCACCCACAAGGUGAAGCCUCCACCUGUACCCAAAGAGCCGCCGGUCUUCACUCAAGAGGACGUCCAAAUGCACAUAAAGGUGCCAGCACAAUCACCAACAGAAGUACUGGAAAUCCCACCACCUCUCUCAGUCAAGCCUGGCGACCAGCUGAGGGCAACUGCCACCUACAUCGCAGACAACACGCAGGAGAAUGCCAUGCACCUUGUGGAGGGAGAGAGGGUGUAUGUGCAAGAAAUGACUAACAGCGACUGGUGGUUUGUCAAGAAGCACCUCACGCUGGAGGAAGGUUACGUGCCAGCCAAGCUGCUGGCUGAGGAAGUGUCCUACACCCACUAUGUCGAGAAGAAGAUUGAGGAAAAGGCCAACAAACUCCCAGUCUUUGACAAACUGAAGAAGGGACAGAAAUCUGAGUUGCCCAAGAUGGUGACCAAGCUGGAGCCAAUCACUGUGGUGGAUGGACAGGAAGCUCAGUUUGUGUGCAAGAUCAAGGGUACUCCUCGCCCCACUGUCACCUGGUUCAGACAGACAGCCAUCAUCAAACCAUCUGAGGAAUUCCAGGUGUUCUAUUCUGACGAUAACACAGCAACAUUGGUGGUGAAGGAAGUCUUCCCUGAGGAUGCCGGCAUGUUCACUUGUGUUGCCAAGAACCAGGCUGGCUAUAUCACAUCCUCAGCUGAACUUGUAGUAGAGGGACCAAUCAGCGACCAUGGCUCAGACUCCAUGAUUGCCUCACGCCGCAGCCUCAGCAGGGAGUCCUCUGUGUGUGACAUCAUGGAGGGCAUUCCACCAACCUUCGCCAACAAGCCCACAGUAAAGACAGUUGAGGAAGGAACACAGCUGGAGUUGGACGUUCGCCUUGUUGCCAUUCCUGAACCUGAUAUUGUAUGGAAGAAGGAUGGACAGGUUGUUCGUGAGUCACCAAGAAUCCGUCUAGUGAAACAGAAGGAUGUUCAUGCAUACCGUUCUAUCAUCAUCAUCAAGGGAGCCAAGAAAGAGGAUGAAGGUCUCUAUGAGAUCACUGUCAAGAACCGUGAAGGAGAGGCCAAGAACCACAUCACCCUCAGAGUUACGGCUCCUGAAGUUCCUGAGUUUGAGGACAGGUACCCAGACCAGACAGUGGAGUCUGAGGGAACUAUCCGCCUGGUGGCCAAGAUACACGGCAUCCCAUCACCAGAUGUCACGUGGAGCAGCACCUUCAAGAGAGGUCUGGAGUCUUGCAUAGUGGACGAGGGCUCAGAGGUUGUGCUGGAGUGUCGUACUUCCAAGGAAAAGCCGUGCAAGUGGUUCAAGGGCAAGACUGAAAUAAAAAAGAAUGAGACGUUUGAGAUCGAGCAGGACGGCCUCACUCACCGCCUCAUCAUUCACUCAGCUACCCUCAACGACACUGGCAAAUACAAAUGCACCUUUGAUGACCAAACCACCUUCUGCAACCUUACUGUCAGAGGACUGGAUGACUUCGUGGAGAGAGUGCAGGACGUGGAGGUUCAGGAGAGGGAGGAAGCUGUCCUGCUGGUGGAAGUCACAAGCGAGAAGGCUACAGUCACCUGGCAUAAGGAUGGCGAAGAAAUCACAGAACAACACAAGCGCUUCACUCUGGUGACUGAAGGUAAGGUGCGCAAGCUGGUGAUCAAGGAGACCACUCUCUCUGAUGAGGGCGAGUACACCUGUGCACUGGGAGAUCAUGAGUGCACUGCUGAACUCACUGUCCGAGAGCUGCCCGCCGAGAUUGUUAGGAAGAUGAAGGACCAAGUUGUCUCCAAGGGCAACAGGGCCACAAUGGAGGUUGAGCUGACCAAGGGUGAUGCUGUCAUUACUUGGUUCAAGGAGGAAAAGGAAAUCAGAUUCUCCGACCACUACCAGCUCUCCAUUGAUGGCAAGGUUCAGAGGUUAAUGGUGUACAACUGCCAGCUGGAGGACAGUGGUACUUACCGGGCAGUUGUGGGCAAGAGUGAGUGCUCUGCAACUCUCAAGGUUGAACUCCAGGUGGAAGGUGACUUCUCCAAGGGCUUGCCUGGUCAGAUGGACGUCAACUAUAAGUCUGAUGUCACCUUCAUGGUGGAGAUCACCAAGGAUAGUGAAGUGAAAUGGUUCAAGAGUACAGAAGAGCUCAAGCCUUCAGACAAGUAUAUCAUCAAGAAGGAAGGAAAGAAGAGAAUCUUGAUCAUCAAGAAUUGUACUCAGUCUGAUGCUGCUGAGUAUUCUUGUGUUCUUGGAAGCCUCAAGACUUCCUGCAAACUGAACGUUAUCAUAAUGGAGACAGCUCCCAAGAUUGACAAGGAGUACCAGAAGGUAGAGGUGGUGGUGACCAAGGGCACUGACGUCACCCUGAAGGUGCCCUACGCCGGCACUCCCACUCCCACUGCCACCUGGUCCCACAAGGGGCAGCCACUGGACAAGGACGCUACCCGCAAGGUGCUGCCAACCAUCAACGAGACCGAGGCAUACAUCACUCUCAAGACAGUGGAGGAGGCAGAUUGUGGAGAGUACCGGCUCAAGCUUAGCAAUGACUGUGGCACUGUUCAUGCUGAGUUUGUUGUGAAACUGCUUGAUAAACCAUCUCAGCCUGGUACUCCCGAACCCAUGAAGGUGACCAAUGACAGCGUCACCCUGCACUGGACUGAGCCCAAGGAAGAUGGUGGCAGAUGCAUCACCAACUACAUUAUUGAAUACAAGAGCACCAAGAAGCAGAAAUGGGUAGUCUUCAACAAGACAGUGAAGAUCACAGAGACUACAACUACUGUGACCAAGCUGACCAAGAUGGAGGAAUACUGCUUUAGAGUGUCUGCUGUCAAUGAGAUAGGCACAUCUGAGCCAUCUGAUGCCUCCAAACCUGUCAAGGUCUGUGAGCCCAAGACAGCCGAGCCUCCUGUGGUGAAGGAGGAGCUGACACCGGUCGUCACAGGCCUGCACCAGGAAAUUAUCCUGCGCUGCGUGGUCACUGCCAACCCACUGCCUAAGAUUGAGUGGCAGAAGGAUGGCAAGCCUAUCACCGGUAUUACUUCUUAUGAGAACUUCACCGCAACCUUCACCAUCAAGGAGACAAACGAGAGCUCUGGUGGCAUGUACUCCUGCCGUGCCAGUAAUGAAGCUGGCAUGGCUGAGUGCUCUGCUACAGUCGUUAUUCAAGAGUCUCCGAGGUUUGAGUUUGAUGAGAAACAACAAGUCCAGCGUCUGCGUGUGGAUGAGAAGUGGCACGUGCCCAUCCAGGUGAUUGGUCACCCGCAGCCCACCAUCAAGUGGAGCCGUAAUGACCAGUCACUCAAGUCCACAAGUCAUGUUGUCAUCCGCACCGAGGAGUCUGAAGGCUCCACAGACAUUGCCAUUCAUAAGCUUACUCUUGAGGACUCAGCUGUCUAUAGUGUCACUGCUGAAAACUCUGCAGGAAAGGCACAGCUAAGCUUCAACCUCAGAGUUGUGGAGCGGCCAGAUCCACCAAAGGGCCCCCUGGCUACCAGCGACAUCACAACCUCCUCCCUCAAGCUUACCUGGAAGCCAUCUCCCAACGAUGGAGGAGAGAAGAUCACUGCUUACUUUAUUGAGAAGCAGGAGAAAACUCAGAAGCAGUGGCAGAAGGUGGCUGAGGUCACUCCCGAUGUACUCUCCUACAUGGUCCAAGACUUGCUUGAAGGGCAUGAAUAUUUCUUCAGAGUAUUUGCCGUCAAUGCGAUAGGCGUGUCUGAUGCCCUGGAGGCAGCUGAGAACAUUCUCCUCAAGAGUCCAUUUGACAAACCAGGUCCACCCAUCGGGCCGUUCGAUGUGAGUGACGUGACUGAGUCCUCCAUGCUGCUGCAUUGGGAUGAACCCGACAGCGAUGGUGGCUCACCCAUCACUCACUACACCAUUGAAAAGAGAGAGUCAACCAAAAAGGCCUGGAGUAAGGUUGGUGAGACUCAAGCCCCAGUUACUGAGAUAGACGUCACGGGUCUCAAGAAGGGAACAGCAUACUUCUUCCGUGUAUAUGCUUACAAUGCUGUGGGCCAGAGUCCACCACUCCAGCCAGAUGAGCCUAUCACAGCAGGCAAGAAGAUCACUCCACCUUCCAAGCCAAACAACCUCCAGGUAAUAGACAUCACCACCCGCACUGUGACGCUGGCCUGGGCACCACCCACAUCCACCGGUGGUGCUGAUCUCAUAGGCUAUGUGAUUGAACGCCGACUGACCAGUGAGAAGAGGUGGGAGAAGGUAGACUCCGUCGAUGCCUCUGUCACCCUCUACUGCGUGGAGAACCUGAGGGAGAAAUCUGAAUAUGAGUUUAGAGUGUUUGCUGAGAACCCUGUUGGCCGCAGCUUAGAGCCAGCCAUGACGGAGCAAGUCAGGCUAAAGACUCAUGCCACUCCCCCAUCACCUCCCACGGCCCCUCUGGAAGCACGACCCACAGGCCCCACCAGCCUCAUGAUCGAGUGGGGUGCCCCGGAGAGUGAUGGUGGGGCACCACUGCUUGGAUACAUCAUUGCCAUCCGUGACAUCAAGAGAACCAUGUGGAUUGAAGUUGGGCAAGUUGGAGCCAACUUUACGAGAUUACACAUUAAGGAGCUGCAGGAGGAGCACGAGUACCACAUUCGAGUAUUCGCCCGCAAUGAAGUGGGCGCCAGCGAUCCCCUGGAAACAGAGGAACCUGUUAAAAUUAUCAGGCCAGAUGACUUCACAGAGCUGCCAGAGGAUGACAAUGCUCCCUCUCUGUCCUACUCCACCACGGAGACACUCUCCUGGAUGCGGGAGGCGGGCAUGGAUGCGGACAUCUACUCUUAUGCCCGUGGUCGUCUCUUGAAUAGAGACGAGUACUUCUUCAAAGUCUGGCAUCGUGGGAUGAAUAAAAUUAGUGAGAAGUAAUCAAUAGGCCCCAGAUAGUUUUCUACUAUUUAUGUAUGAGUCCUGUAGAUUAGUAAUUUUCUUUUUUUGUUGGAAAUUUUUCUUUUAAUUUAUCUUGAAUUUGUCUUUCUCUGUAUUAUCAACAAAAGAGAAUUGUCUUUUCUUAGGACAAGUCGUGCAUUUGCAUCGAGUUUCAUUCCUGAUAUGGAGAAUGUUCCGAACCGAAGUUGUAUUUACUAUUUAAUGAUGAAUGUAUCAUAAUUCAGCCACUCGACUCUGUUGAUAUUAUCACUUCGGCACCCGUGCAUAUGCGGGCAGCCAGAAGCACGUUGACAGGAAAGUGUCCACCAUAAGGUAUUGAGUCCCGAGGUUCAGCAGGAAAACUCUGGUCUGGCACUACUCUAGUCAUCACCAUCUCGAGACGUUCACCUGUGCACACGACGCCAGAUUCGGAGCUUCCUGGCUGUGAUAGUCUGUGGCUCAUAGUGCGUCUGCUGCCUCUAUGGGCCAAAAUUCCAGCUCGUGGACCAAAACCUUGUGGCUGUGCAACCCUAGACGACAUUUGAUAUAGGAAUCCCUAUUUUGUGUAUGUACUGUGUAUGUACUGUGUGUAAGUGUCCCGUCCCACCCACGCUGCAGGAGGGAAUAUAAUCAAGAGUUUUAGUAGCACCUGAGCGUGGGCUAUUUGUAGUAUGUAGUUUACUAUGACACAUAUAUACACACCUUAUACACCUUAUACAAUUAUUAGAUGUCUUGUGAAUGUACUGUGAUAUGAGAAUUUUCCUAAGCAGGCCUUGUGCCGACACACAAAAGCAUCUGUUGAUUUUUUCUUGUGUUGCAUUAUUCAUUAUCAAAAUCCAAAUCCUUGGUGUGGCCAGUAGAUUACAAUGGUUGCCAUGGAUCAGGUAUCAUGCUGCUGCUGAACACUUUAACAUCCUUUUGGUCCGACCAUGGUGGCAUUGUAGCCUGCCGCGCCACACCACCACAUUACCAUAGGUCAGUGGGUGCUACCUCAGGCUGGCCACACGCUGCUGCUAUUAUUACUUUACCAUCUUUGUGGCCCCGAAGUGGUAACCUGCUGGUCUUAUCAAGCUUGUUGUGUAGAUUGGGAAUAAACUGUUUAGAUCAU